GAAGGAACCAAACAGCUUCUUGCAAACCAGGCAGAUGAAACAGAAAAUCUACUACCAGUGGUCAACUCCGGCAUGCUACAAGAAGGUAAGCCAGCACAUGAAGGGAAUGGGGAGACAUAUGGAGGGGUAGGGGGAACGAGACACACAGUGGGCCUGGCAGAGAGAGUGACACGGAUAGGAGGGCUACUGGAUAGAAAUAGACCCACAGAGGGGAUAGGGAGGAGAAAUAGAUACACAGAGGGAGAAAGAGACACACAGAGGGGCUGGGGAGAGGAUAAAGAGAUAAAGAGGCUGGGGCUAACAGACACACAAAAAUGGCUUAGGGGAAGAGACAUACAGAGGGGCUGGAGAAGGGUAAAAAGGCACACGCAGAGAGGCUGGGAGGAAGUAAGGGAUACACAAAGGGGUGUUGUAAGAGACACACAAAGGGGUAAAUAAUAUACACUAAAUCGGGUAAAUAUUAAAAGAGGGCAUAAGAGACACAACAGAGAUGAGGAUGCAUUUUAAGGUGGUGGAAUGCAUCAUUCGCUUGUGUCUUCUGCUCUCCCUGUAAUUCAGUUCUUCAGCAAAGAAGUCUAUGCUGAAGAAAAAGACCUCUUAUUAAAUAGGCUUUUCUAUUUUGCUAGCAAUCCUAACACCAUGUAGAGAUAGAAGUUGUAAUUGAUGUGAUUUGGACGGUAAUUUUAGUUAUAUACACACAAACACAAAUAUGUAUAUAUACACAUGUAUAUUGAUGUGUGUAUUAGUAAUUUAUGGAAUUAUGCCUAUAAUAUUUGCAUAUAUAUUAAUAUACAUGUAUAUGCAUAAUGGACACAGAAAUGUAAUUGAUGCUCAUAUAGAUUUUUUUUCAAGGGUUGCUUUUAGUUCUCAAUCUGGCUCUGAGGACCACACACCUCCCAACAGUCAUGGUUUCUGCAAGUCUGUCCCAGUUUUGGGGUUCUGUCCUGCUGUACCUAAGAAUGCUAUAUACACCAUGUUUUUUGUUUGUUUAUUUAUUUUAGGGACACAUAUCUUUCUUAGCUUUUUUUUGUUAUGGUUCACACUCCCUUUGAAUUCCCCCAAAUUCACUAAUACUUGUUCCAUGGACUAUGUGGAAUCUUUGAAGCCACCAAAGGGUUAAUAAUCAGAGGUAUUGACUAAAGGCCAGGGGUAAGGAACAUUCGACAUCUCAGAUGUUGUGGACUACAUCUCCCAUGAUGUUUUGCCAGCAUUAUGGUGACUAAAGUGUGAUUGGCUGGGAAUUCAUAGGAAAUGUAAAGUGAAUUUCAGAUAUUAGGCCACAAUAAAUAAAUUAGAAAAAAUAACAGACUUCAUUUUUCCAGUCUGGCUAUUUUUGCCUAAAAUGUUUAAUUCACCUUGAUUUCACAAUUCAUACUUCACUGAACAAACAGCUUAACAUUUCGAGAGCUCUGUAGGCGUUUGAAACAGUUUAGUAGGAGUACAAUGCGUUCUAAAUGGAAUUCCUGUCAUGAUAGAAUUAUUAAAUGGACAAUAUCCAAUAAUCAGGCAAUUCUUUCAAUUGCUUGCAAAUUUGAUUACAGAGAGAAUUUUAAUUUAAAGGGACACUACCCCGAAGCACUUCAGCUUGCUGCUUUAUGUUUGAAAAGUGUUCUUUCAUUUUCUAAAAAGUGCAGAUUUCAAUAAAAAUUUUCACUUUUAUAAAUUAACCUUUAAAAUUUUUGCAGUCCAUGAUUGUUAAUUUUUAUUAUUGUUCUCUAAAUUGGACAGCUAUUGUCAGAUAACAAGGAAGUGAAACAUUCACAUUAUCAGGCAGGCAGGUGAUGGGCCGGGUUUUGUUUUUCAUCAGGCCAGGCUUUGUUUUUCAUCAGACCAGUGGGAGAUGGCUUGACAAAAAAAUAGGGAGAAAAGCAACACUGCCCGAGUACACUAGUACCGCAUUCCAAUGACAACAGUUCAUAGAAAUACACCCCUACAAACAUACUCUAUACAAAACAUGCUUACAUUCAAACCCACAAACACAGCCCUGCAAGGAUGGGGAAAUGGUAAAUCCCCAGCUGGCAUAAUACUGUGGGUUUUGUAUGACAGAUCGGGAUCUACAUUUUGGCCAUCCUUGAGCCCCAAAAUAAUUUCUUGCACUGCUCAGGGCUUGCAAUGCCAUGCUACAAGUGGGUGCAUUUCUGCUAAACAGUGAGCAGCCAGUGACUGCUUGCCAUAUCAAAGGACUAGAGACUGGGCAGAUCUUGCUGCCUAGUUUCUAGUAAUGUACACCUCCCCAGUGCCCACAUCGGGUGGGGGCUCUAACUUGUAGAAAAGGAGAUAGUUAAAUCACUCUUCACACCCAUGUGCCCUCAUGGUGGGGCUAACAUUUUUUUAAAAAUUAAGGUGAGCACUAUAAUUAAAAUGAGCAGGGACACUUAUUGUCUCUUCCAGCCCCCACCCAUGGGUCAGCAGAUGGGAGUUCUAAUUAUCAUAUUAGAUAAUGACCCAAUGUGUGUCCCCAGAUCCAAUCCAUGGUCAGGGGUGGGAGCUUUAAAUAAAUAGAAAGUGGGUGGACAUGCCAUUGUACAUCUCUAUAAAAAUGAUACUCAUCCCUUCUCUCCUCAGAUAGCAAAGGGUCCCAAAACCCCUAGCAACCACCCAACCAAAUUUAAAAUAAAAAUACCUGGGGGAAGGAAAUAAAACUAAUACCUGUAAAAAACAAAUCUCACACUUACCAUUAGAUUUCAACUUCCAUCCUCUUUUGUUCAGCCUAAAAAAGGCCAAAUAAAAAUCCAUUUUGUCCCAUGGCAAUUUUGAGAAUGAAAAACUGGAUCACAAAAAAAGCCCAUGCAGGGACCGGCUAUAGACACCAGAAUCACUACAUUAAGCUGUAGUGGUUCUGGUGACUAUAGUUUCCCUUUAUGAUCUGUUAUUUUUGUCAUUAAAAAUAAAGCAUUGUAAGUUUAUAAAAAAAAAAAAAAAAUGGCUCCUAACUCAUUCAGCUGGCUCCUAGAUUUAAAGCAAAAUUUUCAAGCUCUGGUCAAAUGAGAUCCUUGUAAAAACAUGGCAAAGAAGGCUCUACAGAGAUAUUUAAUAAUUAAGUGCAUUAAAAUGUCUUUGGUAGAUCGAUCAUUUAAAAGUGAGGUUAAAAUGGAUAGCUUUCGGCCUUCCAACAUACUCGAGUAGCUAUGAAAUACAAUAAACCUCUGUGUAGACUUGCUGGCAUUUAACACCCAUGGGAAUAUCGCAGCAUUGCAUAAACACUCUGCCUGCAAAUCACAAUUUACGAACCCACGAAAACUCCUUAGAGCCUGGCUCCGGAAUGUAGAUGAGUGAAGCGAAUCUAACUGCACAAGAUUUAACUUGUCUGAUACACACAAUCAUAAGCAAUGUGUCAGUUAUUCCAAUAAAACACCAACAAUAACGUCUUCACGUAGCUCGUGGUUCUAUUCAUAUAAAUGUAGGAGUCAGUCCAUUUUUUAUGUUCAAAUCCCUCUUUCCCUCCUUUGUAUCCGAAUGUAGUUUUCAUUAGAAUCUCAGACCGGAUUAUUUACCAUAGUGAAAAUUUAAAGUUAAUUUAAAAUAAAUUUCAAAUUUAAGGUCAAGUUAGCUGAAAUGGAAAAAUUCUCUAAGUCACCAAUGCUUUCAGUUUGGCUGCUCUGGCAUUGAAUUAGAAAUUCACUUUGAAUUCUCACUUUAUAUAUAGUAGCUGUCUGCUUGUAUAUAAAGAGCAUUACAUAAACAAUUCCCAUAAUAAUGAAUAUUUCAGCUACGAUAAAAUCUGACCAGUUUAGAGUUUGUAGUAAAAUGCACAGAAUUUGUAUCUUGACACGGAUGUGGUGUAAACUUUACAUGUGAUUAGAGUUAGUAGGUUUAUUUUCUUUAGCAACCGAUGGGUCAUACAAAGCAAAUGACUUUAAAUUGAGAAAUCCAUGAGAGCAUAUGUUCCAAGUGUCCCUAUUGAGGAGGAACCGUCCCUGUUCUGGGCCCAAAUCCCUCAAAUCCCUCUAUAUCUCAAUGUUCCUCAUUUCUAGGAGUUCCAUGUUGUUAGUGUGUCUGAGUAUAUAACAAAGCUCCAAAGCUGUAAUACUCAUAGUAAUGUGUCUUUCAGUGUUAAUUUUGUCGACUAACAAUUUUAGUCUACUUACAUUUUUGAGAUUUAGUUGACUAAAACUAGACUAAAAUAUAACAAUUCAGAUGUCUAAAAUACCACUAAAAACUAAAACUGACUAAACCUAAAUUGAAAUUUGCCACCAAAAUUAACACUGCACAGAGGGGAUGUAGAAGGGACAAAAGAGAUAGACUAGGGCUUGGGAGAGAGACACCUAGAGGUGUUGGGAGGAGACAAAGAGAGGCUGGGGAAGGGGCAAAAGAGACAGACAGGUAGAGUCUUUAAAGGUCCACUAUAGUCAACAAAACAACUUUAGCUUAAUGAAGCAGUUUCGGUGUAUAGAUCAUGCCUCUGUAAUUUCACUGCGUGAAAUCAGUUUUGUUUCUGAUGCAGCUCUACCCAUACCUUCUCUGGUUGCGACUGACACAGCCUGCAUGAAAACAGAUUUGUUUCAUUUUCAAUCAUAUGUAACUUUCUUUAAAGGUUUUUCUCUCCUGCUCUGUAAAUUUAGAUUUAAUUACAUAAAGGAGGCUCCUGUAGGGUCUAGAAAGCUAUUAGCAGAGCAAGAGAUGAGAAAUUCUAAACUUAACAUAAUUUACAAUAAAGGAGAUGUAAACAUUAGAUGACUCUUUACAGGAAGUGUUUAGGAAGGCUGUGUAAGUCACAUGCAGAGGAGUGCCUAGGGUUGCAUAAACAAAGUGAUUUAACUCACAAAUGGCAGAGAAUUGAGCAGUGAGACUGCAAGGUCCUUUAAGGACCGCUGACGGUUCAGGACCAUCACUGGAAAAAUCCCCUUGAGGAACGAUGACGGUCCUGAACCGUCAUAAUGGUAAUAUUUACUAACCCAUUCCUGGCGUUACACCCGGUCUGGGUGGACUGCCUGACAGCCCAGGCAGUCCCCCCUCGGCGAAUUAGGCCCCCGCAGCCAUGUGAGCGCUCUAACAGAGCGGUCACAUGACCGGAAUAGGUGCCUGUGUAUCUGCCUGCAGGGGGACUGCCUGAACUGACAGGAAGUUUCCUUGCAUCUGUAAAAUAAAAUGUUUUAAUUGUUAAUAAAUGAAAAAAAUAUAAUUAUAUAUGUGUGUGUGUAUAUAUAUAUAUAUAUAUAUAUAUAUAUCACACACAUACAUAUAUACACACUGCUCAAAAAAAUAAAGGGAACACAAAAAUAACACAUCCUAGAUCUGAAUGAAUUAAAUAUUCUUCUGAAAUACUUUGUUCUUUACAUAGUUGAAUGUGCUGACAACUAAAUCACACAAAAAUAAAAAAAUGGAAAUCAAAUUUUUCAAUCCAUGGAGGUCUGGAUUAUGAGUCACACUCAAAAUUAAAGAGGAAAAACAUACUACGGGCUGAUCCAACUUUGAUGUAAUGUCCUUAAAACAAGUCAAAAUGAGGCUCAGUAGUGUGUGUGGCCUCCACGUGCCUGUAUAACCUCAAUAAAACACCUGCUCCUGAUGAGGUGGAUGGUCUCUUGAGGGAUCUCCUCCCAGACCUGGUCUAAAGCAUCUGCCAACUCCUGGACAUUCUGUGGUGCAACGUGAUGUUGGUGGAUGGAGCGAGACAUUGGUGGAUGGAGCGAGACAUAAUGUCCCAGAUGUGCUCAAUUGGAUUCAGGUUUGGGGAACGGGCGGGCCAGUCCAUAGCAUCAAUGCCUUCAUCUUGCAGGAACUGCUGACACACUCCAGCCACAUGAGUUCUAGCAUUGUCUUGCAUUAGGAGGAACCCAGGGGCCAACCGCACCAGCAUAUGGUCUCACAAGGGGUCUGAAGAUCUCAUCUCUGUACCUAAUGGCAGUCAGGCUACCUCUGGCGAGCACAUGGAGGGCUGUGCGGCCCCCCAAAGAAAUUCCACCCCACACCAUUACUGACCCACUGCCAAACCUGGCAGCAGAUCAUUCUCCACGGCGUCUCCAGACUCUGUCACGUCUGUCACGUGUGCUCAGUGUGGACCUGCUUUCAUCUGUGAAGAGCACAGGGCGCCAGUGGCAAAUUUGCCAAUCUUGGUGUUCUCUGGCAAACGCCAAACAUCCUGCACGGUGUUGGGCUGUAAGCACAACCCCCACCUGUGGACGUCGGGCCCUCAUAUCACCCUCAUGGAGUCUGUUUCUGACCGUUUGAGCAGACACAUGCACAUUUGUGGCCUGCUUGAGGUCAUUUUUCAGGGCUCUGGCAGUGCUCCUCCUGUUCCUCUUUGCACAAAGGCAGAGGUAGCGAUCCUGCUGCUGGGUUGUUGCCCUCCUACAGUCUCCUCCACGUCUCCUGAUGUACUGGCCUGUCUCCUGGUAGCGCCUCCAUGCUCUGGACACUACGCUGACAGACACAGCAAACCUUCUUGCCACAGCUCGCAUUGAUGUGCCAUCCUGGAUGAGCUGCACUACCUGAGCCACGUGUGGGUUGUAGACACUGUCUCAUGCUACCACUAGAGUGAAAGCACCGCCAGCAUUCAAAAGUGACCAGAACCUGGUCACCACCUGCAGAACCACUCCUUUAUUGGGGGGUGUCUUGCUAAUUGCCUAUAAUUUCCACCUGUUGUCUAUCCCAUUUGCAUAACAGCAUGUGAAAUUGAUUGUCACUCAGUGUUGCUUCCUAAGUGGACAGUUUGAUUUCACAGAAGUGUGAUUGACUUGUAAUUAUAUUGUGUUGUUUAAGUGUUCCCUUUAUUUUUUGAGCAGUGUAUAUAUAUAUAUAUAUAUAUAUAUAUAUAUAUAUAUAAUGUCAUACUAAGUGUAUUUUUCUAUCAAUAUAUACAUACAUUAAUAUAAAAAUACACUUCUAUACAAAGUAGCGGCCUACGCCGACCAUAUCCUCCUGACAAUAACAGACCCAGCCCACUCCUUCCCACCACUGCUCGUGCUUCUAGAAGAAUAUGCAAACCCUCUCGGAAUACAAAUUAAAUCUAGACAAAACCGAAGCGCUUCCCGUGGGAAUCCCAGAUACAGACCUCAUGGACCCUUUCAAAUACAACAAAGACAACAUACGAUACCUAGGCACACUUCUUCCAUCGAACUCUCGACCACAUACACCAUAAACUACUCCCCCUUACUUCAACAAACACAUAAAGACCUCCAAAACUGGAAUACCAUGCCAAUCUCAUGGAUGGGUAGAAUAGCAUCCAUAAAAAUGAACCUGCUCCCCAGAUUCCUCUACCUCUUCCAAACCCUACCCAUCCCAAUCUCCACCAAGGACUUCAAAACACUACAAACUAAAAUAGAUAACUUUGUCUGGUCCAAUAAAAAACCUAGGAUCAAGAGAUCCACAAUGUAUAAAUCAACAAAAACUGGGGGGCUGGGACUCCCAAACUUUUACCAAUACUUCCAAGCCGCACAACUGGCACAAAUACAACACCUUCAUGCACAACUAGGCCUCAAACUAUGGGUAGACCUCGAGCAUGACCUCCUUGGUGGAGACCACCCUUCCCUACUCUUCUGGCUCCCAAAACACAACAGGCCGGAAACCCCACAGACUACCCCAGCCCUACAAACGUCCUUUCUCAUGUGGGACAAAAUCACUCGCAAGACUACCCUCAUGAACACUCCAUCACCACUCACCCCACUCCUUCGAAACAAACAAUUCCCACCAGGCAUGACACCCCGACACUUUGCACACUUCGAAGAUAAUGGACUCACUCGAAUUUUCCACUUCUUUCGAUCUAAUCAACUGCUCCAGUUCCCCGACCUGCCUAGACACACACCACUGACCACCUUUGACCAAUUCCGAUACCUACAAAUCUGCAGCUUCCUAAACGACUGCCAACAUGUCACCACAGCCACCAAGACAUUGACCCACUUUGAACACGGAUGCAUCCACAACCCUAUCCAUAAGGGCCAAAUCUCCUACAUAUACUCACAACUGAACUCUGCCUCCACGGCAGAAGCACUCUUAUAUACCAAGACAUGGGAAAGGGAUACAGGCCCCCCUCGGACCGGCCGAUAUCUGGGAAGCAACCGCAUCCCUCACGAUUUGUGUAAACCACAAGGAGCAGGCGUACAAGACGCUCCUCCGCUGGUAUCUAAUGCCCCUAAGGCUCAAACAAAUGGGCUGCACAACCUCGGACGCCUGCUGGAAGGGAUGCGGUGCCCAAGGCACCUACAUCCAUUCAUGGUGGGAAUGCCCUAACAUAUCCCCCCUGUGGUCCGAAGUAACAGAUCUCGCCUCUAAAAUCCUACACACCGACAUCCCCCUAGACCCGUGGAUCUGGCUGCUCUCUAAACCUCAUGCCCCCCUAAUCAGAGCACAAAACAAGCUACUCGCAAAGCUAGCACUGGCCACUAGACGCACCAUCGCGGAACAAUGGGGUAAUCAAAAUAUACCCACCUUAAGGACCGUGCUCCGUAAAAUGGAAGACACCAGAGAAAUGGACAAGCUCUCGGCCCUAGUCCACGAUACUACACACAAUCACAACAAGAUAUGGGACCCAUGGGUCAUACACCAUCUCAUCCACACCUAAAAAGUCCCACAAUUAACAGCUCACCCACCGAACACCUACCCCCUCUGCCCCCCCCACAAGAUCUCACAACCCAGACCUCACCAGAGCCCCCCCCCCUGCAACUCUCUGCUCCCCAGGGAUAAUCAACCCACCCCCCUCCCACAACCCCUCCCGCACCUGACACAAUACUCUCACCCCCCACAACAACAACACCACACACUUCUCUCAACCCAUGCUGAACCACAACAAGCAAUAAACACUGCCCAGGCAACCACAAACGUACCAACAAACUUCACUCCUGCAAAGAAAUGACACCCACCACCCAAACUCACUCAUCCUAAAGAGAUCAACUCGCAACACCCACUCCAAGACCACCAACAACACAACAUUACAAAACAACAAUACCAUUGCUUACACAGAGAAACCUAACCUCCCACUCUACACCCCGUAACCCGGCAUAACCGAAAAAGACCUCUAAACCCCAAAGGUCUUAGAGCACUCUCUAAACAACUCCAAAGUUAACUCACAGCAUGCCUACCCAAGGCAAAUUAAGCCAAAUGUAACUGCUUAAUGAACAAUACUGGAUGUUUAUAUGUACAAUUGACAGUGUAAUACUUGUUACUCCCUCCCUUUUUUUCUACAUUCUGUACCCCACCAAAAACCAAAAAUGAAAAACGACUGAAAAAUAAACAAUUUACAAAAAAAUACACUUAUAAUUAAAUUACACACGUAUAUAUAAUAUAUAUAUAAUAACUAGAUAUAUAUUGUGUAUAUAUAUAUAUAUAUAUAUAUAUAAUAUAAAAUAUAAAUAAUAAGUAAAUAAACAAAAAAAUUAAAAGUAAAUUGAUUUUUUUUAUUAUAUAUAUAUAUAUAUAUAUAUAUAUAUAUAUAUAUGUCAUUUUAUUCUAACUGUAUUUUGAUAUUAAUAUAUAUUUAUAUAUAAAUACACUUAGAAUGAAAUUAUAUAUAUAUGUAUUAAGGCAAUUUGUCUGGAUUUGUGGGAGGUGCUGGUUUGCUACCCCUAGCCUACUUAAGGCACUCCCCUUACCUGGCUCCUUACCGUUCGAGGUCAGCGUUGAAUGAGGAUCCACUUCCGGGUUCUCUCAGACGCCAUCUUGGGUUCAGUAUCCACAAGGUUUUUCACCACGUUAGCUGUGUCCAGGAAUCCUGUUCAGGCCUUUUCCGCCCGUCCAGCUUCUUCUGACUCCGGUCUUCGUCGUAGAUCGCGUCCCAAGGACUCCUAAACCGUAAGUCAGACCUACCUGUCACGCCAGGACCGGUUCCCACGGCGCACGGUACAGCACGGGUCCUCGCUUUACGGUUUUUCCCUGGUUAUGUCACGAAUGUUUCAAGCCGUUCGCGGGGUUUUUCAUUCAUACGGUCAUUCGGCUGAACAGUUUACUCGUACAAUAGUCAUUUCGCAUAAACUAUUCCAUGUUACAUUGAAACGGAUUAUCAUUCGGUUGUUUUGCCGUUCGGCAAUUUUCAUAUACGUUCAAACACGGUUUUCGGUUUUGCAUAAAUUCAUACGGUUAAACUAUUCGUUCUAACUUCUGUGUUUCCCUCACGUUUGUUUUCGGCUUUAUUUCUAUGUAAUACGCAUAAUCCUUUCGCGAAUUAUAUUCACCAUUUCGUGUGUAUAUAACAUUCGGUUAAGAAUUGCUUGUUUAAAUAGAUAGAUUAUUUCUAUUACUUUUUAAAUGUUUUCAGUAUUGUAUUAUGUCCAUACAAACCAAGUCCACUUAUCUGUAUAGACCAUUUUUGACUCCCACGCUUUCAGGGGUCUGCAUUACUUAUCCAUCCAUCCAUCCAAAUGGACUCAGCCUAUGUUACAGGCCUCAUUUCUGUGUUAUUACUACGACACAUACAAAGGAUACAGGUUCUUUUCAAGCAAUAAUUCUCGGGUUGAAUCACGUACUGAUCCAACCAAUCAUACAAUACAAAUAUAUCAUAUAUAUACAUCACUUUACAUCACUUUAAGUAUUUUUGGGUAUCCCUGCCUUUGGUUAUUCUACUACAUAUCAUACAUAACGCUGUGUAAAAUAGGCCAUGACCUCAUCCAUGUUCCUUUCUAUCAAACCAGCUACAUUUCUGUACGGAUCAUUGAACUCCCAUGCCAGGAGUUUUUAUAAUUAUCCAUUUCAUUUCAAUUAACUCAGCCUACAUUACAGGCCUCAUUUCUCUGUCAUGACUAUGACACAUAAGGCUUAAUUCCUUUUCAUGCAUACUCGGGUUGAAUCACACGUACUGAUCCAACCAAUCAUACAUUUCCUGCACAGUAAUAUACAUAUAUAUAUAACCUACAUUUCAUGUUUCCCUUACACACCAUUAUCACAUAACAUAUAUGUUGUUUGUACAUAGGCCACGGCCUCCCUCAGAUGUCUUAUUUAAGCAUGCAAACAUUUCUGAGCGACUCAUAUCUAUUCCUAUGGUAUCAACAUUUUUUCAAAACAUUGCUGCUACAGGAUAUAAGUCUGUUCUUUUCAACAAUCCACACUCAUCAUACUACUCUCUUUUACCCAUUUUAGGCUGUCAAGCUUAUAUAUAUUUGCUCCACACGGUUUAUUCCUGUGAAUUUGUCAUACUGCCAGGUACGUACACCUGCUCAUAUGGUAUUCUACCAUACAUUUCAUUUCGUCCCCCUAGGUUAGAGUACUGGUAAUAGGGUCACAGGAUUCCCAAUAGGUAUUUACCCCGUCUUGGCAGUCGCCAUCAGUUAGUGGUCCCGCGAGGCCAACACCCCGCCUCAAACGUUCCAGAGGCAAACACCCAUCGGGCCACACGUUAGCUAGCCGCCUCGCAUGUUGCAUAGAGAGGGCCUCACCUGUCACUCCCUUCCCCUGUUUUCUGUCUUACAGUCACCGAGAGGCCUAAAACUCCUGCCACUACGUCGAGUGGCCUCAAUAACCCCUCGCGCCAACGCAUAGAUAGAGCCUCUCAAGCCGCUUGGCAAUUAGCAGGGCCUCACCUGUCACCAAACAAGUAUAAUGCUUUCGCCAUCCGGCCUAGCUAGCCUGCAAGUACAAUUUGGUGGUUUCAUAUACUAAUUAAUUGUUUUAUUUAUAGUAUAUCUCAGGAAGGGGUAGAGGAUUUCUCCCUGCCUAGCACCCCGGCUAGAGCUGUCACUCCCACACAAGGAGGAGAGCUAGCUAGUCCAGCAUCAAUCAGAUCCUGGACGAUCCCGCGUAUAACCAUGGAAUUAAGGAGACGACAAAUCCCCUACCCCACUACAGCAAGGAAAGCAGAACUUUUCAAACUGCUAAGCACAUCGACAAAUAACAUGGAUGCCAGUCCAACCCAGGAGACAUAUAUGCCAUGUUAUCCUCACUCAUGGCGUCCAUGAGCAAGGUCAACUCCAGGCUGGAGAAACUUGAGUCGGUCACCACGGCCCUCACUCUAGCAGGGCCACCCGGUGCUGCGGCACAAACACCAGCCUUGCCAUUAGUCGCUCCAGCCAUCACCCUGGAUGACCAGGAAGUUAGCCCGGCCCACAUGAUACCUGAGCACAUUAAAAGGGAUAUCCUGGAAGGUAAAGACGUCAACCUGGCUUCCCUGUUGAUUGCCUCCCAGGAUAUUGUGGAAAAUAAGACGUAUGCGUAGGAUGAUGUAUCUGUUGUUGUCAGAUCUAGGGAUGCCCGCCUGAACAGGAAACUGACUAUCCCUGAAUUUGUACUAGCGUUUGGUAUUUACAGAGAUGUCAUCUGUGCGGUCUAUCCCAACAGAAGAGAAGAGUUUGAUCUCUAUAUGCACAAGCUGGUAGACCUGGGCAACAAAUAUGGUGGUUCAGCCUUCUAUGACUACCAUAGGUCUUUUUCUGCAAAAGUGUCUGGAGCCUUCUCCCAGUAUGGAACACGAUCCAACUGGGGAAGGAUUGAUACCGUCAUAUUUUGCAGACACUUUGCAGGUCUAAGAACACCAGCUUGUGCAUACUGCUCCUCCACAGCCCAUACUACAAAUUUUUUUCCCAACACGGCGGACGGACAUGCCUCCACGCAAGGAGCUAGUUCCUCUGGGAAUCCAGGGAAAUUGUCAAGAGACAAACUGGGACGCCCAAUCAAGUUUCUGGGCAAGUCCCAGAUAUGUAAUAAUUUCAAUGUUGGGUCUUGUAAUUACAGUGGAUGUAGACUAUUGCAUGUCUGUUCAAAAUGUUUUAGGGCACAUGCAAAGACCAUGUGUCCAAAUAAAAUGUAUUCCAAGCCUCAAAAUGUCAUAUAACACCAUCAAACUCUAUCUCACUGGCAUUCAACACCACAUGCUAAUCUUACACCCACAUAACAACAGUUUCAUGGCCUCUCACCAAAUUAAGGCCAUACUCAGAGGUAUUCAGAAAUCAGAACCCACACAUACAGAGGCUACCCAUAGAUAACUAUAUCUUCAAAGCAUUAUCUAACCUGCUUGACUUAAAACCGUCUGACACCAAUACAAAUUCCAUCAUCAAAAUACCUCGCUUUCUAUGGAUUUCUACAACCUAGAGAAUUCACUACAACCUCCACGACCCAAACCACUCCGUUCCUCCUCUAUUCCCACUUGACAAAACAUAUGGAUCAUUACAUCCUGACUUUACCUCACUCCAAAACCAGUCAGCACAUACCCGUAAACAUUCCGUACUAUCCCACGCACAACAGAUGGUGUCCCGUCAAGGUUCUUGAUGCCUACAUACAGCACCAUCACUUACUGCCCUCGCAACUGUUACUACAACUACAAGGUGCAGUACUCACCACUGCAACCUUCAUGACUUACGUCAGGUCCUUGCUCACACAACUGGGCCUCAACGCAGACAAAUACUCAGGACACUCCUUUCGUAUAGGAGCCGCGUCCACAGCCUCCAGUGUCAACAUCCGAACUCAUGUUAUCAAAACACUGUGGAAGUCAUCCGCUUACUCACGGUACAUACCGAACCCAGUACAAGAAUUAAGGGAUGCUUUCAAAAACAUGUCUGGUUGAUAAAAUGUAUAUGUAUUGGUUGUCUGUUAAUAAAUUUGAUUACUUCAUUUUUGCCCUCUUCUUUCUCAGGCCUACCUCAUCGUCGGUUUCGGCACACCACAACCGACUUGCUCCUUUUAUUAUCCUACGUUUAUUCAUGGUAUUUCACACUGUACUAUCUUUUUUUUUUUUUUUUUAUCAUUCAAAGUUUAUUAGCUUCAUUGGUGUGUACAUCAAAAAGGCAUACAUGUGCAUCAAAGAUAAUGUAGCAAGAUAACAUGGUAGUAUAACAUCGUAUUUAACAGGCAUAGUAGUGAAAGGCAGGUAAAUAAUAGAUAGCUCUACGGUAACAUGGUAGAUUGGCUGGUCGGUGGUAGCAUAAAGCAAAACAUUCUCGAGGCGGGGCUAAGCGGCCAUGCUGAGCGGUCGCAUGUGAAACGAGCUCCAUGCAAAAAAGCUCUACACUAGCCAAAAUCAGGGCAAAAACCCAUCAAAAUACGGUUAAGCAACCUGGAGAAGGAAGCCCUAAACUGCAGAGCCAAGCACCAAGCAUCCCGACCGAAAUCAGAGGCUUCUAACCAGGGAUAGACCUGAGGCCCACCAGAGGCCUACUCGGACAAAACGAGGGAGGCGGCCAAUCCCUACGCUGACCGCAGCCACUCACCUGGAGGUCUCCCCGGCAAACUCCCUCCCCCCCCCCUGCCGGUGAGGGAUAUCCCGGCAACUACAGCUUGAGACACAUAGGCAAAACUGCAGCGGUGACUGUCCCACACAGCCAGAACAACGCCAGCAAUCAUGGUGAGUAACCCUCUGAACAGCGCCCCGCUGCCCCCUCUGGAAGAAAGGCUGGAUCGCCUGUUUGCCGCCUUUUGGGCUAAAAUAUACCAACAGGGAGACAUAACAGUGGAGACCCCACCAGCAGCAGGCCGGGAAGAGGCAGAGACCCGCGGCCCCCUUUCAGGGUAUCGGCAAGGCUGAAAUGGCGGGAAGAAGGAGAUGGACGACUCGACGCAAACCUCGACACCGCAGACCAAGACAAGCAGUGAGUCGUCCUACUCCCCAUCAGUGGCUACCCCUCUGCAGCCUCACCACACUCCCGAAGACCAGUACCCGCCAUGUGGAGAACCCACAUAAGAGUCCGCGGAGACUUAAAAUGGAACCGACCCACAGCGCCCCGGAAAACUCCUGCCCACGAGACUGACCUGCCUCACACGCUGAUGAUCAAUGCGGCUCCCAGUCAGACACGCUCUCCAGCUCCAACACCCCUACACAAGCGGGGCAUCGGCUGAAAUGACCACACCAUAGAGGUAUCAGCCCCACACUGCGAGAUGCAGACAGGGUGGAAGAUUGGCGCAGAAGCCGCACAUACUCGCAAGCUGGGACUCUUUCCUGCGAAUACUGAUCUGGUAUUGCCUGACACGCACCCCUAACGUGACUUUGUGUAGCAUCUUAUAAUGUAUAAUGCUCAUCUACUAAACAUGUAUUUUGAUGCAUACUGUGAUAGCUAACGGCCAGGACAGCCUGUACCUUCUAAUCCUGAUAACCUAACACUGACAAACCAUAAUCUUUAACGCAGAUCCAAUGUUGUAUUGGGGCAUUCUGUCCUCGCUGUAUUCAUUUUUAUUAUACCGAUAGAUCAGACGUGCCUAGCAGCUAGCAAGUUCUACUUUAUAUAAUCUAUGUCAAGAAAGUUUAGCCAUGACCACUGUGAUAAACGUGUCAUUUUUUGAUAAGGAUACGCUGAACCACAAAUGGCGAAUAAGUAAUGGCGGAAUUAACCCCUUCACCCCUACUCGGCUACUAAGGCAGGCAUACUUUAACUCACGACCAUACUCAAAAUGCCUAUGUACCCCAUUAGCGUACACCUGAACAGCAAAUACAUAAGUAAUUACAGUCAUGUAUUGUCUAGCAUGUUACUCCACAUUUAACUACUAUAGAAGCAAGCCUAUUCAUGUUUUGCCCAUUCUCCCUAGUAAUCACAGUACUGGACUAUCUAGCACGUUACUCAACACUUGGUUAAUACUCUUUAAAAGUAAAAAAUGUGCACAUGUCAUUCUGUACCCCAAUGUUUCAUAUGUUGAUGGAAAAAGUGAGUGGAUUGCCUUUGGGGCACCACAAACCUGAUUGUUAAGCCUAUAUGCACGAAAAAUAAAGAAUUAUAAAAAAAAAAAAGCAAAACAUUCUCCUAUUUAAACAUGUUAAUAUAACUCCGAACCUUGCGAUGUCUGUCAGACACCAACAGCCUAAAUCGGCCUCAGCAAGCACAGCCUCUAGGUUUAGUGAUACAAUAUUAAAAUGAAAACAAUAUUAAAUUAAAGUGAGCAAUUAAAUGAUAAGAUAAAUAUCCAGACUCUCCGUGGAGUCAGGAAUAGGGUGGAGGUCCUCGUGUGAGCUGCGGAGUAUAUUUGUCUCCGUGCUCCCUUGGGUCUGAUUCGGUGUACGUGUCUCCGGGCAUUUUAACACGCCAAAGUAAAAGUGGGGUAGGAACAAGGCUGAAUGGUACUUAGAGAAUUAUGGUGCAGGCAUGCAGUGUUGGGGAAUGCUGAAAAAUGAGGUUCAUCAGUGAGAUUAACAACAAUAUAUGAGUGGGUUAAUAGUAACUUUUAGGACGGUGUCUGGAAAGCGUCUACGUAUGGAGCAUUAUGUAAAAGUUCCUAUUAUAGAUUCCGGAGCUAGCUGUUCCAUCCACUCAAUGCAUGCAAGUCAGUAGGUUGUGUGGUCUGGCCGGCUGUGUGAGGUUGGUGCUGGGUAUGACCCUUGUAGGCCCAUGAAGCGUGUGGUGUGUCUGGGUCACCCGCGCAGGGCAGGGAGCAGUCAGCGCCACCCGGUCCCCCAAGGCACCAGGCCCCAGUUCGGUCCCCCAGCUCUGCCCAGGCCGCUCCCCCGUAAGCACCGCGGCCCGGUGGGCACUCAGGGACUACAUGUGCUCCAGCGUCCCCCCCCCAGAGUCCGCUCACCCAGUGUCCCCUGCACCUCCCCCGAACCUUCGGUACUCCGGUAGGUACAUGGGUCGCUCCGCCUGUCUCACCCAGCGCCGGCCGCUUCUACGGGACAGGGGAUGCACAGCUCCUCAGCCACCGGUCCGCGGCGCGCAGUACCCAGCUCCGUCGGGCUCACAGCAGUGGGGACAAGUUCCUCCGGAUGCCCACCUCAUCCGAAGGUCGAGCUGCCAUGUUGUCGGCUCAUGGGCUGUCUGGGCUGACCGUCCAAGGCCCCGGCUGCUGCUGGUCUAAAGGUGAGCGCUGGGCAUCCCCUCGUGCGCGGGCUGGUCGCCCUCCGCUCCACUCUUCUGAUGUGUCUCCCUUAGGCAGUUUUGCCAGUUGGGGGGGUUGGCACGGGCCGAGGUCGGAGGCUCCCGCCUCGGUGUGUGUAUUCCCCACGUGGCCGGGGUUACCCCCGCCGGCUGGGGGGAGAGCGGGGCCGUGCCCCGAGCCAGCACUGCCCUCCCCAAAGGUAAGUAUCUCUGGCACAUGUUCCUUUCUAGGUAUGUGGAUCUUGCUUAUAAAUAUAUGCCGCUGAUGUCUUGGCUUGUGGAGGUAGGUAGGCCAGGUGUAUCGGGGUCGUUGCUCCCGGUGCUUUGAUGGCCUCGUGCUUGGUAUCGGAGCGGAUCUGGGGUGAUUCUCUGUAUUAACGUGCAUAAGUAUCUGUCCUCAAGACCGUGCAUAUGCGUUUUUAGUGCCGUUUUUUGGGGAUCGGGCUCGGAGCCGUUGUGAUCUGCUUCCAUGCAGCUCGGUGGCCCGGCCCGGCCCCGCCCUGCCCCGUCCACACUGUACUAUCUUAAGCACCUAACACAAGUAUUAAGGCAAUUUGCCUGGAUUUGUGGGAGGUGCUGGUUUGCUACCCCUAGCCUCCUUAAGACACUCCCCUUACCUGGCUCCUUACCGUUCGAGGUCAGCGUUGAAUGACCCUCCCACCACUCCACAUUUUAACAUUUAUUUCCUUUCUAUUUCUUUUCCUGGGUAGGCCCUCUUCUUUCUCAGGCCUACCUCAUCGUCGGUUUCGGCACACCACAACCGACUUGCUCCUUUUAUUAUCCUACGCUUAUUCAUGGUAUUUCACACUGUACUAUCUUAAGCACCUAACACAAAUAUAUAUAUAUAUAUAUAUAUAUAUAUAUAUAUAUAUAUAUAUAUAUAUAUAUAUAUAUAUAUAUAUAUAUAUAAAAAUAAAUAAAAAUAAUACGAAAUAUAUAGAUAUCCAUAUACAAAAAUUACAUAAAUAAUUUAAUAAAUAUACACGUAGACUUCAAAUAUAUAAAUAUGUAUAAAUAUUUAAAUUCUACAUGCAUAUUUAUAUAAUAUUUUUACAUAAUUAAGUAAUUUUGAUGGACCUGCCUGACAACCCAGGCCAAAAGUCCAGAGAAUUAAAUUUGCUAGCACUGUAUUUAACCCUGUAGCUUUCUAUGACAUCCUAAAACCUGUACAUGGGGGGUACUGUUUUACUCUGGAGACUUCGCUGAACACAAAUAUUGGUGUUUCAAAACAGGAAAACAUAUCACAGUGAUGAUAUUGUCAAUGAAAGUGACUUUUUUGCAUUUUUCAUACACAAACGGCACUUUCACUGAUGAUAUAAUUGUUGUGAUACGUUUUACUGUUUUGAAACACUAAUAUUUGUGUUCCACAAAGUCUCAUGACUAUAACAACACCCCCCAUGUACAGAUUUUAUAGUGUUUUUGGAAGUUACAGGGUCAAAUAUAAGGGUCACUUUUUUUACAUUGAAAAUUGCCAGGUUGGUUAUGUUGCCUUUGAGAACGUAUGGUAGCCCAAGAGAAUGAGAAUUACCCCCAUGAUGGUAUACCAUUUGCAAAAGAAGAGAGCCCAAGGUAUUGCAAAUGGGGUAUGUUCAGUCUUUUUUAGUAGCCACUUAAUCAUAAACACUGGCCAAAGUUAGCGUUCAUAAUAGUUAAUGGGCAAGGUUUGUGGGUGAAUAAGGGUUGAGAGAGUGGUCUCCCAUCAAUAGCUUCAACAGCCAGAGAUAUUCUCUCCUUGAUAGGUAUAACAAAAUGAACAUCAAUGAACAUCAAUGAGUCCAUCAGGGCCUUGCAUGAAAAGUUAUUUUUGUCAACUAUGAUCGUAAUAUCAAGGAGAAAUCUAUUUUUGUUAUUCCCAGAGGACAUAUCCAUUACACCUAAGACCUGUCCCCUUAAGGUUCUUAGGUGCGGUAGUUUUCCCGGACGUAUGGGACAAGUACCCCUCAUAUGUCCUUUUUUACCACAAUAUAGGCAUAGACCCUCUCUUCUCCUAUGUUGUCUUUCUGCCUCGGACAGUCUAGUGACCCCCAACUGCAUAGGUUUGGGUUCGGACUGUACAGAGAGGUCAGGAACAACCGGUCUGGAGAAAUGAGGUGCUUGCCGAGGUCAGGGGAUACAGAAAGAGACGCAACGAUAAGGGAAAGCCAGAAGUCAGGGAUACCAGAAUACAGGGAAGUCAAAAUCCGGCAGGGGCAUAGGAAACCCCGCACCCGAGCAGAAGGGUCGGAAGAGGGCGCCUUCCUGGACCCCCAGGGCACGCCGAUGUUCGACCCACGCACAAUCCGCCACCCAAGGUCUUUGGAGUGGGGUCUCCCAGAUCACCUGGCCCAGUUCAUUCACUUCUGGCUGCGACAGCCGAUGGAUAAAGAAGUGCGGGCAUGAUUAAAGGCCGAGUGUCCGAGGCCCAUGCUUCCAGACAAGAUUGCCCAUACUCCGGAAUUCGAUACUACGGUGGUCUUGUUCAUGUCGCGUGCGGGCCGGGAUCCACGCAAAGGCAUCGAGAAGGGCCUCAAGGCUUCACAGGAUAAGCUUCUGGACUUGCUGGGCCCACUGGCAAAGAUUUUAUACCUGGCUGAUGACGCCCUCACAGGAAGCAACGCUCUAGACGCCCAUGACAUCCGGGAAUGGGCUCAACGAGCGAUCUGUAUGUUGGGCAAUACUAAUGCAGCCCUAUGUGCAGAGAGGCGCAAGGCGGCUUUGCUCAAAAUGGACUCCAAACUUCUGGAGCUUGGUAAAAAGGAGUUGGGCCCACAAGCCAACGGCCAAUUGUUUGGGGAAUCGUUCAUAGGCGAAUUGAAGAAACAUGUGAACCUGUUCACUAUGUAAGCAAAGCUCAGACUUCGAUUAAGCAAGUCUUCCGCAAACCCACAACAUACAGAGGGGUUUUCGGCAGGGCUGGUCACCAACGGGCCCGAGCCACCAGCCGCUUCUGGUCGACAGGCCCCAGGAAUCAAGCAUCGUAAGCCUUCUUCCCAUCGAGACCACCGUUCACUAUAUAUUUGUUGUCCGGAAGAAGACGGGAGACUACCGACCCGUCAUCAACCUACGAGAUUUGAACGCCUUCGUAGCCUACAGGCACUUCAAAAUGGAGGGCAUUCAUCUUCUCAGAGACCUACUUCUGGAACACGACUGGUUCACUCGCUUGGAUCUAAAGGACGCCUAUCUAUCGGUCCCGAUAGCCCAGGCCAGUCGGCCAUUCCUUCGUUUCCACUGGAGGGGUCGCACAUGUCAAUUCACGUGUCUCCCGUUCGGACUCAGUUCCGCACCUUGGUGCUUCACGAAACUACUCAAGCCGGCAAUGGCGCACCUACGGACAUUGGGUAUCCGCUGCCUGAUAUAUCUGGACGACAUUCUGAUAUUCUGCGGAAGCGAAUCCAGGCUUCGAUCUCAGACGAAAUUUAUAGUGCACUUUCUGGAAUCCUUGGGCUUCAUAGUGAACAAGGAAAAGUCGUCACUCUCCCCAUCAAGAACUGUUCAGUUUCUCGGAUUCGAGAUAGAUUCAGUGUCAUGCACGCUACGCCUUCCCAAAUCAAAGAAGGAGAUAAGACGUUUUCUGCGGAGAGACACGGUUCCCCUGAGACUCCUGGCCAGGAUAGUAGGGCUGCUGUCAUCCUCCAUACAAGCUAUCUUCCAGGGACCCCUUCACUAUCGGGCCAUGCAACGAUUGAAAGCUCACCACCUGAGGCGGGGACACUCCUACGACCAAGAAAUAGGAAUAACUACGGAGGUCCGGACAGAACUUCGUUGGUGGCUCCUCCACGUGGAGGCUUGGAAUGGCAGAGCCAUUUUCGGUCCAAACCCGGACUUUGUCGUGGAGUCAGACGCCAGUCUAUGGGGCUGGGGAGCCCACUGCGCACACGCGUCCACGGGGGGUCCGUGGUCAGAGGAGGAAAAACAACUCCACAUCAAUUGCCUGGAACUGAUAGCCAGAUCCUUUGCUAUCCGCAGCCUAGCCAAACACAUGUCCGAUUGUUGCAUUCUUCUACGCAUGGACAACAUAUCUGCGGUCCAGUACGUGAAUCACCUGGGGGGAGCCAGGUCGCGAGCCUUGACCGAGGCUACCAAGGAUCUAUACCGGUUUUGUCAGAGCGGAGUACUUACCCGGUCUCAACAACCUCACCGUGGACUGGUUUUCUCGUCAUUGGCGGGACACCAGCGAUUGGAAACUGGACACAACGAUCUUUGACAUGGUGAGAACGCUCAGGGGGCUGCUCCACAUAGAUCUUUUUGCAUCACGCACAAAUGCACAACUACCAAGGUAUUACAGCUGGCUACCGGAUCCACGGAGCGAGGCAGUGGAUGCAUUUCUGCAACACUGGCCCUCGGCAGGGGCAUACGCUUUCCCACCGUUUUCUAUGCUGGCGAGGGUACUUCACAAAAUACGUAUGGCCAAAACAUCGUUGAUACUAAUAGCACCGCUAUGGAGAAGCCAAGCUUGGUUCCCGGACCUACUAGCAUUGUCACAGGACCAUCCACUAGUACUGCCAACAUUUCCAAUGCUUCUCACGAACCCGAGUGCGGAACCUCACCCAUUACUAGUACAGUACCGUCUAGAAUUGGUAGCCUGGACUCUUACAGGGGAUCUUGGGCAGUCUCAGAUCUAUCGCAAACGACUAAGGAUCUCCUAUGGGACUCAUGGGCACCGGGUACAAGACGUAGCUACAUGGCAGCAUGGGAUGUAUGGGACCGCUGGUGUCUGGGACGGGGCCUUGAUCCCUUUACAGCACCUGUCUCUGCCAUACUGAAUUUCCUGUCCUACCUGUUCUCCACUAGGAAAUCGUACCGGUCUAUCAAUGUAACUCGCUCCGCCAUCUCGGCGGCGCACAUCAAUGGAACUCCAGUGGGUCAAGAGACCUUAGUGUGUAGGCUAUUAAGGGGCAUCAAAUUAGCCAGACCACCAGCCCCGAAAUAUCAACGACUAUGGGAUGUAGAUGUGGUUAUUCGUUUUAUACGGGAAUGGACAGAUAAUACGGCCCUGUCACUCAGGCAAUUGUCGGCCAAACUCACCUUGUUGUUGUGUUUAGUAUCCUUUCGACGGGUUUCGGACGUUCAGGCAUUCGACGUAGACGGGUUUUCUAUAACCCCCGUCAGGGUUACGUUUUUGAUUUCGCGCAGGAUGAAGACGGAUUCUAAGUCCGUGUCCUAUCCCUUUUUUCCGGCGGUUCCUCGGCUUUGUGUCGUCGAGGCUCUACUCCACUAUGUAGAGGUUACGGCGCCCCUUCGGUCUUCGCGAUCCGGACAAUUGUUAAUCUCAUACACCAAGCCUCACAAGCCAGUCACUACAACUACACUAGCAAGGUGGAUAAGGUGGUUACUAUCUUUAGCUGGGAUUGACACUAACUUUGGGGCCCAUUCGGUCGGGGGGGCGGCGGCUUCUAGGGCCUUUUGGACAGGUGCCUCUUUGACUGAUAUCUUACGUACUGCGGAUUGGACAAGAGAAAAUACCUUCAUGGUGUUUUAUUUUCGCCAAUCAUCGCACGCGUCCUUUUUGUUUUUACCACAGCGUUAAAAAUGCAAAAUAGGAAGCCUCCUGUCAUGUAAUAAAAUUGUAGAUUAUGCUAACGUAGUGUACAGAUAAUCUUAAUUUUAAUAAUGACAGGAGGCAAGUAUUUUCCCACCUCAUCUUUCUUUCUUUCCCACCCUGUACUCUUAGGGGGUGUCAGGUUAUCCAUUGACAAGUAGUUACUAUAGAGACACAUGCUGUGGGGUAAAGGUAAAACCGAGCCAGGGGACGCUUAGCUCACAUGAUGGAAGAUAGGGUACACACACUCUCAGAUCUUAGUCAUGUCACAAGUUAUUCUCAAGAAUGAAUUAUUAAGACAGAAAGGUUAAACAGUAUUUCAUGUGGACAAGUUAGAUUAGACGUGUUAUGUGGACAAUAGUUGUGUUCCAAAACCUUUCACUUGUUUCAGUUCCUUUCAGUUUGACAUCGCGUUGUAAAGCGACAACGGUUACGGAGUAUUCCCAGUUCACACCGCAAGUUAUCAAGUUUUCGCAUUGUUCAAGUUUGUUCUACAACACAACUUCGGAACUGUUCUCCAGGCAUGGGUACAUCAAAGAAAGAGGAAAUGGAGAGCCUGUCAGGGACUUAUAUACUGGAUGUACUGGAUUCUGAUUGGUUAAAUCUUUUUCUUUUAUUUGAUUGACUUGUGCUGCUGGAGGCAUAAAGUAAAGAAAGUUUAUGCAAAAUACUCGCCUCCUGUCAUUAUUAAAAUUAAGAUUAUCUGUACACUACGUUAGCAUAAUCUACAAUUCUCUGUCAUUUAUGAGUUAAAUCACUCUGUUUAUGCAGCCAUAGUCACACCUCCUUGCAUGUGACUUGCACAUCCUUCUUAAACACUUCCUGUAAAGAAUCUAAUUUUUACAAUUCCUUUAUUGCAAAUUAUGGUUGAUUUAGAAUUUCUCCUGUUCUGCUAAUAGCUUGCUACACACUGUAGGAGCCUUCUGAAUGUAAUUAAAGUUCAAUUUACAGAGCAGGAGAUAAAAACUUUUAAUGUAAGUUACAUCUCAGUAAAACUGAAACCAUUUGCAGUGUGUGUCUGAAUGAUUGUAUGUGUCUGUCAGAUUGUGUCAAAUCAGUGAGUGUAUAUGUGUGUAUAUGUCAGUGUAUCUGAGAGUGUGUGCUGGUCCGUAAGUGUGUGUCUGUCAGUCAAAAUGUGUGUUUGUUAACAGGAAGAGGUGUGGCCUUGGCAGGAAGGGGCAGGCACAUUUAAAUUAGGGGGUGCCCGAGAACUGUCAUGCCCUGGGCAGCACCAUUUCAAAAUACACCACUGAGUGUCCCUUUAAACUUUGCAUUUGAAUUGAUCCAGUGAGAGAUGCUUUCGGGCUUGUCUAAAUUAUAACUCGUCAUGGUCAUUUUAAAACGCAGUGAGGUAACAUGCCUAUCUGAGUCUAAUAGGUCAGUAAACUUUACUAAGUCCAAAGUACCUUUAAUUCUAUAAUAUAUCUCCAUGACCUAACUGGCCAGUGAACAUUUUGUUUAACCCUUUAUUAAGACCAGACUGGUAUUGGUUAACCUCAAUUCUAAAUAGAAGAACAAAUUGCACAAUGAAUGCAUAAAUAGUUCAUCUGUGACCAUAGUUGAUUGGAAGAAGUUUUCCAGCACAAAGAUUUUGACCUACAUAUUGUGAUAAUGUGAUUCAGUUUUCAGUUUCUUUUAUACAGUACUAGUUAGCCAAUCAAUUCUUCUAAUCCAUGGAGCACUGCAGAGGAUUUGCAGAUUUUAGGCCAAAGGAGAAGAACAGGAUGUAUCUUUAAAUCCGCUAUUUCUUUUCAUUUUGACAGUGUUGACCUUAAAAUAUGCAAAUACACUUGUCCCAGUCUUCUAGCCACAAGUCUGUAAUAAAUAAAAUGGCUGCUGCUUUUUAAGUUUCUUUGCCACACAAAUUAACGUAUAAUGGCUGACAAUAGCUGGAAGUUUUAAAAUAUCCCAUAGAGGUUAAUAAGAUGAUAAACGCUAGGUGACAUCUGGUUUUCAUGUUAAAUCUUAAAAAUUAUAACCUGUUGCAGUCUAACUAUAAAUUACCUUACUUAUCUAAGUGUAACAAUUGACGAAUGCUAAUAUUCAGUAUAUACGGCACCUUCAGAGUGGAGUUAAAAGGUGUUUAAACAUACCUUUUCUCCAUCGCCCCUGUGUUGUCUGAUUGGCCCCGCCUCUAUGGCUGAGAUCAUCAAUCUUGACGAUCUCCUCCAAUCCAAUGCUUUCCAUAGCAAAGUACUGGGAGGCUAUUUCGCAUGCACAGCAAAAUGCCACAAGGCGCCAGACAGCAUCUCCUCAUAGAGAUGCAUUGAACCAAUGCACCUCUAUGGGGAAUGUUCAACAUCUCCAUGCAGAGUGUGGAGAUGCUGGACAUAAGUGCUGCACACAGUGCAGAGUGUGCAGCCCUGAAAUAGGAAGCACACCUAGUGGCCGUAUGAGUAACUGCACCUAUAGGUGUUACUAGGCAGCAGAGUUAACACAGCCUUUUCUCUAGAUUGACAAGCCUGCAGGAACGUGAUCAAGGCACCAGCCCCACUACAUUAAGCUGUAGUGGUUGUGGUGAUUAUAGUGUCCAUUUAAGCUUUAAAGUCUAUAAAUAUGGUGUAUGUAGCUUUUAAUAAAUAAGAUGUGAAAUUUGACAAGGCAGAUGUAUGAAAACACUACGGGCAACUUACUCAGGCCAUUGCAGGUGAAGUGCGCAUGUAAACAAAAAAGCUGUUAUAAUUUCCCGUCCAACAUGCAAAAUGGUAGUGGAGAGAAAUUUUACACAAUUUAAAAAAAGUUUGAUUCAGAUAGAUCCAUUCUCCUCCCCUUCUGCCGUAUUUACUUCCAAACGAUCUGAUACUGUUAAUCUUACACUGUUGGAUACAUUGUGGCACUACCGAACGCAACACUUACCUCUUAGUUUUAAUAAGUUCUAUCAGACAGCCACCAGAAGGACUUCAGGGUUCUUAAAUGACUUUUUGGCUGCUUAAACGACGCAGGACGUCCUCACGCUCUGCAUGAGGACCACCAGCGUUGCCGGAAUCAACAUAGGAAAGCAUUGAAUAAUGCUUUCCUAUGGGGAGGUUUAAUGAGUGUGCAUGCGGCCAUUGCUGCACAUGCCCAUUAGAUCUCCCCCGCUGGCGGAUGUCAGCGGGGGAGGAGCUUGGGCGGAGUCUGACCCAGCGCCGAGGGACAUCAGCGCUGGAUUCAGGUAAGUGUCUGAAGUGGUUUUAACUCCUUCAGCAACAUGGGAUGGGGGGCAGGAGGGAGGGGGCACUGUAGGAAUCUCUAGUAUCAGGAACACGGGUUUGUUUUCCUUGCACUGGAGAGUCCAUUUAACAGUGUGUGUAAUUGUGGACAGUCUACUUUAUACCUUGUUUAAGGAGGCAUCUUGCAAUCAUGCUAUCACCACUACAAUGGGCAGAAGUGGUCUGGGUGCCUGGAGUGUCCCUUUAAGGGAAAAUUAACAGACUGGAAAAUUUCUCAGAGUUAGCUAUGCUUCCAGUUCAACUGUCUUGGGCCAAAAUGUUAAAUUAAUUUAGAAUUCCUGACCAUUCUCAAUUUAGUAAUACAUUUGCUACUGUAUAUAUAUCUGCUCACUCAGACUUUAAAACAUAUAUGUAUUUCUAGGAGAUAUGAGCCUACAUGAGAGGUAUUCUUGAUAUUUCAAAGUUUCAUAAAUGUAUUCCUGAAUUAAAUAAUUUUUUUGUUGUGACUCAUACACUGAACAGCCACAACAUUAAAACCACCUAUCUAAUAUCGUAUAGACCCCCCUUGUGCUGCCAAAACAGCUCUGAAGCGUGCCCAAUGGUAACUGGCACAUUAGACAUUAGCAGCAGAUCCUGUAAGCAGGGCCGCCAUCAGAAAGGUUGGGGCCCCUGACAAAGCACAAGGUCUGGCCCCUCCUCCCCUUCCCUCCCCCCGGGCCCGCCCACGCCCUACCUAGUCCGCUGGCAAUGAUGCAGGACUGAAUGUGGUGUGUAUAGUGGAAAUGAAUUAGAAUGUGUGUAAUGGAUGUAGUGUUUGUGUGUAUUAGAUACUGUUUGUGCAGUGAAUGCAGAGUGUGUGUUUGUGUAGCGGAUGCAGUGUAUAUAGAGAACACAGAGUGUGUUUGAGUAGUGGAUGUAGUGUGUGUACAGUGAUGUAGUGUGUGUUUGUGUAGUGGAUGUAGUGUUUGUGUGUACUAGAUGAAAUGUGUUUAGUAAAUGCAGUGUCUGUAGUGGAUGUAGUGUGUGUAUUAGAUGCAGUGUCUAUGUAUAGUGAAUGCAGAGUGUUUCAAUUUGUGGUGGAUGUAGUGUGUGUACUGUGAAUACAGGAUGUUUGUGUAGCGGAUGCUGUGUGUACAGUUAAUGCAGAGUGUGUGUUAUUGUAGUGAAUGCAGAGAGUGUGUUAAUGUGUAGUGAAUGCAGAGUGUGUAUAAGUGUGUAGUGAAUGCAGAUUGUGUGUUAGUGUAGUGAAUGCAGAGUGUGUGUGUUGUGUUAGUGUAUGCAGUGUGUGUGUGUGUGUUGUGUUAGUGUAUGCAGAGUGUGUGUUGUGUUAGUGUAUGCAGUGUGUGUGUGUUGUGUUAGUUUAUGCAGUGUGUGUGUUGUUUUAGUGUAUAGCUUGGAGAUAUAUAGCUUGGAGAUAUAUAGCUUGGUGUUCAUGAAUGAAAAACGUCAAGCGUUCCAGCAUUAAACGCGGAAGUGCGUUUCUUUUAUACAUGUGACCGAUAACGUCAUCACAUUCAGCCAAUCAUAGACGGACAAAGACGAAACCCGGAAGUAAGGUUUUUUCCGCGUCAAAUUCAAAGAUGUUCCGAACCCUAUAAAAGGAAAGGACUUUGGGACUGCACUCUGUAUCCCUGAAGAAGUCGAUAAGACGAAACGCAUUGGAUCCAAGCCAGAACUAUUUGCUUUUGUUUUUUUUAUUGUUUUUAUAAUUGUUUAUUUUUUAUAUACAUUUUUAUUCUUUUUUUUUUUUUUUUAAAUCUGUUUUAUUGGUUCAUUCAAUAAGCGAUCAUCCCACGCAGGGGAGGUAAGCAAAUCAUAGUUAACAUAUGUCAUAGGCAUUAACCAUCAAGCAUAAUAUGGAUCAAUUUCAAAACAGUCAGUGCCUGGUAGGGCGGAAAAGUUUAAGUAUAUAAGCAUAUGUUACGUAUAUUUAAGCUUAAAACAUAUAUAUGGCGGUUGUGUUCUGGCUCGGUAUGAAAUACCGUUAAUGGCAAGUGUUUGGCUAAUUGCUCGGUCUCGGUUACUGAUGCAUGUUUUCCUUUCAGGAACAUGUAUCGUAUAGCAAUCUGUGCGUAGAUAAAGUAUGGUUAUGGACUAAGUUUUAAUCGGGGUACCUUUGCUGUUGCCUUAACAUGUUUAACUUAAGCAAGGUAGGUAACUGUUUAGGUUAUACAUUUUUAUUCUUAUUGCAUCUUCAUGUCACCAUAGAGGGACUCCUUCUCCUUGAUACCACUGGUCAGUGGAGACAUGCUGAUUUAACCUUCAUUUGAUGUAAGUGCAAUUUGUAUCAAUAAAUUCCUUUUUGUGACUAUACUGCUCUAUAUAUAUAUAUUUUCCUUAGAGGAUUGUUUUUUCCAAAUAUACUGCUUUGAUCUACACUGCAAGCUUUAUCUGGAGAGGAAAUGUCACUCCAAAAACAGAUACCCUAUAGAAGGGAGACGAGCGCAGAUCUACUAUAUGGUCUUGUAAGUUCUCUACCUUCGGGAUUGAACUAUCUAUUUCUGUACAUACUUCACUAUUAUGUGAUUUUUUUAUAUUCUAGAUCUUCUGGAGAAUUGUGUUUUAUUGCACAGGUUGUAUGUUUCAUGAUAUUUGUGUGCCACUCCUUUAAUCCAUACGACCACUUGUUGGUGUAGUAAAGAUUUACCUUUUCUGUUGUGUUAGUGUAUGCAGUAUGUGUGUGUUGUGUUAGUGUAUGCAGUGUGUGUGUGUAAAUGUGCAAUCUGGGGGUGGGAGGAAGGGGCAUUUUCACAUUAAUUUCAAAUACAUUUUUUAUUAAAUUAAUUAAAUCUUGCCAUCACUAUUUGGCCCUAAACAAAGUCGCUCAGAUCUGUUCACUUGCCCAUUUUUCCUGUUUCCAACACAUGAACCUCAAGAACUGACUGUUCACUUCCUGCCUAAUAUAUGCCACCCUAUGACAGGCGCCAUUGUAAUGAUAUAUUCAAUGUUAUUUUUUUCAUCUGUCAGUGGGUUUCUCUGAGUUUUUGGAAACAGGUUUUUUGGUUUUUUUGCAGGCAGCUGUUUAUGCCUACAAGGAGGACCUACCCUGAUUACAAAAUGUGCAUUUAUUUCUCUAUAUAUUAUAUCUGAUUUUUAAUUUUCUAUAUGUUAUUUUCAUUUCUAUGUGCUUGGAAGGAAUGAGAGAGGCACUUUUCAGCUUUUCCCAGAGUCCUCAGUGGAGCUCCUAGCAGGAGUUUCUGGCUCCAUAAGAGGCUGUGGCCAGCAGACCCUAGGUAAGUUGCCAAACUACUCACAAAUGGUUUGAUUACUUACUGUGACAAACGCCCUGUGGUUUGGUCAUUUGCCUCCUGGAGUAGCCUUCUUGCCAGUCUCAUGCCUCAGGAUUAUGAGCCCUGCAAUAUACCUUGCCCAAUGCACUUUAAAAGGCUCCUUUCAUGGGAUUUAUGUACUUUUGAUCUCCAGAAAGAGAGACCGACUGUUAGCACUGAUUCCCUGGAACUGUUUUGGGCAUAGGACCAUGUGCACUGUAGGUCAAAUAAUUGACUUCCAUGAAAAUCCCAAACCCCUGAACCGAUCUGGGUGAUUUUUGGAUAUGUUUUGUGGGGUUUUAAUGUGUUUUGAAGGUAUUUUGGGGGGCUUUGUAAAAAUGUAUGUUUUCUGUGCCUGGAGAUAAUUGCGUUUAAUACAGUGCUGACUCAAUUAUCUCCCAGGCACAGAGGAGGAAUUGACCUAUUUUGUAUGGGAGUGUCCUGGACCUGAGAGCAUAUGUAUUAAUGUGUAUGUUUUUACUGUAGUUUACAGGUCCAGGAGGGAGUGCCACUCCAAGCACCAUAACCACUACAGUAAGUAAGGUACUUUUAGUAAUUAAUCUGUCACUAUUUGGAUAUCUUGCUCCUGCUUUUCUGGCUGCCAAUAGACCUCAUUAUUGGAGACUGUAUAACACAUACAUUUCAACUUUAGUUGUUUGUCAAUUUCAGCAAAAUACAUUUAUAAUAGAUCUGCAAACAUGCAGUUUCACACAUUCCCACCUGUGCAACCACACAACCCAAUUUACAUACAAAAACCUAAACACAGCAUAACAGGAAAAGCAACAUAGGAAGCUGUAAUUACCAUUAAAGAACUAAACAGACAAGAAACAACUAAAACAACAUUUGAAAGGGAUACUCCAAGCUUAUACCACUAGUCUACACAUCAUAAUAAUACUGUGGAAAACUGUAGUGGUAAUGGUGAUCCUUUGAAUUUUAAUACCAAGGUACGGCACCAAUCACAAGUAGAGAUCCGUCAGACUGAUGGCAAGCUUGUGCUAGAGAAAAAAAAUGAUCUAAUCGCAUAUUGUCUGCUGCCUAUAAUAUGACCUCAUUUUGUGCAACAAUCAAACUUUAAUGUAACAUGUGUUUUCUGUAAUAUAGCUGACUGUAUGCAGUUUAUAAUAACCACAGUCACAGAUUAGUGAGAGAUACAUCUGACAAUUAUGCAAAUCCUGCCACAGAGACAGCAGGUGUGUGUGUGUGGUGGGGGGGGGGGGACGUUAGUGUGGUCUGGGUUACACGUAUUCAGCCACAUAAGGGCUCUACAGCAAUAAAACAUAGAGAAGUGUGUGAUCGUGAUGUGUAUUAAAGUAUCACUAAGCUCCACAGCAAUAAAACAGUAAGUCAGCUGUUUUUGCUUUGGCUGCUAAAAUAUAAAACUCGUUCUGAAUUCACUUGAAUUUCUGACAAAUUACAUUUUAGCAAAUUACCCAAACAUGGAUACACACUUGGCAGAGCUCCUGCCUGGUCGUUGCUUUACUUAUAUGCACGAUGAGGUGCUGGGGUACUUCUCCUAAGUGUCCCCUAUCUGGGGCCUAAUUCCUCUGACCCUUUUUUCUAUACUUAUGUCCCUGUUUUAUAUGCCCCAUAUUGUUGGUGUGUCUGGGCAGGGCCAGUGCAAGGAUUUCUGACACCCUAAGCAUAGAUUAAUUUUGUCGCCCCCUCGUGUCACUCACUCACUGACAGACACACACUGGCAAGACACACACGCUCACUGACACGCACACAGACACACUCAUUGACACACUCACUGACACACAUACACUUACGCACUGACACACACACACAGAAACUCACUGACAGACAGACACACUCUCUGACUGACACACACACAGACAUACACUCACUGACAGACACUCAUUGACAGACCCUCACUGACUUACAUACACUCACUGACACACACACAGACACACACUCACUGAGAUUCAAACACUCACUGACAGACUGACACACACACACACACACUCACUGACAUACAGACUCAGACAUACAGCCUCCCUACAUCUCUGCGGUCCAGUGUGGGGCAGCUCCUCACUCCUCCAGCGUGCUGUUUAGUAUGCCGGGGCCAGAGUUACGUCAUAUUCCGGUUCCCGGCAUCACAGAGGUCGUGCGAGGGAGGAGUGGGAAGCUGCAAGAACAGCCUCCCACGCCGCCCACAAUAGAGCAGCCUGCCUCCUGUCACCGGUAUUUCUUGGCAGAGCAGGCACCUGCCAUCAAGUUAAGCAGGUGCCUGCUCUGCCUUACCUAGCAGAGCUUUGGGGGCGGCCUGUGGUGGCCAGAUGGCCACCUUCUGGUCCCCCUGUGACCGGAAUCGUCUGGGCGCCCCCACUUUCGGACGCCUGGAGGAUCGUCCCGGCACUGGAGAGGGGGCGGCUCAGGAGCCGCUCGCUCAGUGCUGCGGACCCAGACAGGGGGAGCCCACCAAGAAAUAGCCCUAGGCAAAUGCCUAGUUCGCCUAACGGUGGUGCCGGCCCUCCCAAGCAAUAAAACUCCCAGUAAUAUGUUUUUAAAGAAACAUUAGGGCUUUAGGAAUAUAAAUGUGUAUUCCUAAUACUAUAGUGUCCUAGUUAUUGUUUAGAUGACUGCCCAUCCCCCAUAAGGAUGAAAAAUAAUUUUUGCUCACUUUUUCUUCCACGCCAUGAAGCUCUCUCCAUAAUGGACCUCCUUGGCCAUCAUCAUCAUUGAGCUUGAUAAUCUUUGCCAACUCAGUGCUUUCCCAUAGGAAAGAAUUGAGAUGCUAGUGCAAAAUGCUGUGCUACACCAAUCACAUGGUCUCCAUGAGAGUUACUCAGCUAUUUUGUUGGAAGCAUAUCUAGUGGUUGUAAAAUGAGGGGGACAUGGCACCCAUAACACUUGAAGAAGAUGAAGUGGUCUCGGUGCCUAGAGUUUACAUUUAAAGGAAAUCAUCCUGAGAAUGAAUGCACUUUUUUAUGCAUGACAGUACCUUACUGGCUUUAGCCACUGCUGAUUGACAUUGCACAUUGGUGCCUAGCUUGUUGUCUAUAACAAUUCCGAAAUCCCUAAUUCACUACCAUUUAGAGUGUAAGUUGUUUGUGCAUUCUUUACCCCGAUGUGCAUAACUUUGCAUUUUUCUACAUUCAAUUUCAUCUUCCAUUUUAGUUCCCAGUCCCCCAAUCUAUCUAAAUUCCUCUGCAGCAAAGUAAUUAUCUUGCUCACAUUGUAUUACUUUAAAGAGUUUUGUGUCAUCUACAAACACUGAAACAUGGCUUUUAAUGCUUUUUUCAAGAUCAUUGUAUUCAAGAAAAUACAUUGUUCUUGUUCUAAAUUGCAUGUCAGUUCCAUAAAGUAUUAGUUACCUAAAAUUUCUUAGCACUGUCCUCCCCCUAGCCACACCCCCAGUUGCACCCCUAAAAUUAAAGUUACCCUUUUUGUUAAUUUGAUAUAUUGGGAGGUGUCUGGUGGUGGGAAAAACUAUAGUUCUACUCACUAGGCAAGUGGAACUCUCAUUUCUCUCACACAUUUGAAUAAAACAUUAGAAAUCAUCUAUAAUCCAUUUUACCUUUUUGUUUAAUUGGAUACUCUAUUUUUCAUAAAAAUGUGUAUUAAAGAUUUAUCAAACUACAUUACUAUGCAGUAAAUUUCAGGCAUAGCCAGGGCACCAAAUGCAAAAAUAAAGGAGAACAGAAAAGCGUGUCAGUUUCUCUCUCUCUCUCCUUGUGCAAUGGCUGAAAAGGGAAACAUAUACAAUGAUGACUGACGUGAAGCCAAGAUGGAGGUGCCCCGUUAAAGGAUAGAAGUUUGAAUUUAUACAUUUCAUUCUAUUUUUUUUUUUUUUUUUUUAGAUCCCACAAAAACAUAUUUUCUAAAUAUAGAGAUAGUAUAUUGAGUGGGCAGAGUGCCUUCAUGACGAGUUUAGACUCUGACACAAUUAUCCAGGCCACAAGGAAAUGGUGGUCUCUACCUCCUUCUCUCAUCUACAAAGAAAUGCAUCUUGGCCUGGCCCACCACAUUUAUCUCUCUCCACAAUGGCAACGUCAACUGAGGAUCUCGACACAAUGUCUGAAAUGAGGUGAGAAAAGCCUUUGAAUUUACCAGUUGUUUUCCUUUCAGUUAUUGUGUGGGAAGAAUUCAAAUCCUGAUGAAGACCCUCUCUAGACCAAAGGUAGGCAACCUUCAGCAAUCCAGAUGUUGUUCAGACUCUACUUGUUAAAUGAUUGGCCUCUCCAACAACCCUUCAAUCACAUUCAUGUUUAAAAGAAAAUAAAGAAAGAAUUGUUUAAAAAACAAAAAAACAAAAAAAAAACACACAACACAUGUUUCAGGAUUUAUGUUCACGGACUUCUACAGUGAAGUACUUCUUUUAUUUUCUUGACUAAGUGCUUUUCCAAUGUUUGCUGUAUUUAGUGCUUAAUUUAUUACUUGGUAAUUUGGAAAUAUAUAUAUAUAUAUAUAUAUAUAUAUAUAUAUAUAUAGUGUAUGUAAAAUGUAAAAAACUUCUGGGACUUUAACGUUCUCUUUCAACCCCUGGGUCUGGAUUCAUAAAUUGAUCCCCAUGUCAUUUUGUGGGUCCUGAUAACAGAACUAGGCAAAUCUUAUUCAUCACUCCCCAGACAACUACCCUCAAUAAGUUAUUUACAACAGCAUUGCAUUCCCCAGGAGUACAAGUGACCUAUUUUAUAGAAGCAAAUGUCAAUUUUGUGUUUUGCAAAAUGUAUUUUAAUGGUGAUUAUAUUCCAUUUAAGACAAUGAGUCACUUAACUAACUUUCCCACUAAAGUAUUGCUUGUUAAGCUAAUGCAAUAAAUGUAACUUGGGUCUCAAGUCAUCACAGCUCACUGUUUAGUGAAUAAACCCCUGUUUCUCUCUCUCUUCUCAACUUUUCAUAUGACUAGGAUUACAAUUAAUAUAAGAAGCAGCAAACCAAGGCUGUAUGUGGCUUUCAUCAAUCUCAUGCCUUGUGAGUCCCAUUCAUCGGAAAGAGGAACUUUUAUUUCCCUAAAAUGACACUAUUGCAUAAAACACCCCCUUGCAUAACUUGUGCUAACUUUUCUUCCACAUCCAAUCCAAUCCAGGACAGCCAGAACACACAUAGAGAGAAUUGGAAACAAUGAGGGAGUUUUAUUAAGUAUUGAAGACAGUGUGGAGUGGUUGUGUUUUUAUAUAGAUUUAAAAUAACAGACAGGUCAUGUAAUUUUACACAGAAUAUAUAGUGAGCCUUUAAUAUUAAAAUAAAAUAUUAACCAUAUAUUAUAAUCAUGUGAUAUAUUACGUUUAGAAAACCAACAACUAGGAGAAUAUUAAAUAGUAACAACCCUAAAAUACCAAUAAGAAUAUUGUAUAUGUAGCAUUCUAUGUAAAAGACUAGCUCCUGAUCAGACAUACAGACCACAGACACAGAGAGUAAUAAUAAUAAUAAUUUACACUGAGCAAAGAAUACAAAAGUUCAGCUGUCGAAUGGAGUUCCCAGUGACAGUGGUAAUAAUAGUAAUUAAUAAUAAUAAUAAUAAUAAUAAUAAUAUUUGGCCCACUGUGAUAGGUAUAAUAAUGAAUAGUGAUACAUGGUCCACUUGGCAUGCACUGAAUAAAGUUUGCAAGCAGCACAGGGAGAGCAGGAUCUCUGGCAGUCGGACUGUACCAUUCUCCGGUGAGGGGUGUUACAUUGUAUAGAUAGGGUGUAAUGAAGCAGGGUUGGGGUCUCCCUGUAGAUGCCCCCUCGGUCUCCCCCCAGCAGUGACUGUAAUGCAGUGUAGUGCAGUGAAGGUGUUAAGCCGGGCUGGGAGGGCCGGUGAGGGGAUAAGGUGAUGAUAUGGGUCCCCCUCCUUUACAUGACUCAGGUUGGUCCCUCCCUCGGUGGGAUCCCCUGGCUGUGAGAGGCGGUGAGCACUUACUCAGUGAAUGUCCCGGAGCGGCUCCCACUCCUCCUCCUGUCCCCGGCGGGCAAUGAGCGGCCCGGAGCCCCCGCAGCAUGAGGAGAAGCAGAGCGAUGGUCCUGGCGACCUGUCUGGGCUGCCUCCUGCUACUACUGCUAGUCUACUCACAGAGCAGCCUCAGCUCAGGUAAUGGGACGGGGGGCUGAGACUGGGUCUUCUUACUUACAGAUUGCUAGCUCUGCGGCCAAGACACCCUUUCUCUGGGGGGCACUGUGUCUGCUUGGGCCAUCUAACAUACAGGGAAUGUAUAUGCAAUGACUUUAGCUAUAAACUGACUUUUUAGGUAAAAGUGUGUCUUGGAAUAGAUAUUUUUAUAUAAUUCUUCAACAGAUUGUAAGCUCCUAGGCUCAGGGUUGCCACUGUGACCAGUUAUGUAAAUCAUGCUUGUAGAUUGUAAGCUCAUGGGGUUCUGUACACAUUCCAUCCCCGUUUUGUUACAGCAAUAUCCUUUCUGUGCUAGAACUCUCUGUGAACUUGAUACAUUGAUUGCCAUUGUUUGCAGUUAACUGCCUUUGUUGUUUUGGCUAGUGGUGCAUGGGUUAAUAGUUCUGAUGUCUGACUCUAGUCCUGUAUUAGGUACUAAUCGUGAGGAAGAGGGGGUAGCUGAUCCAUCAAUGACGGCUAAUUACCCUGCUUUAUGGGCUGGUAUAAUGCCUUCUGCAGAUGUAGUCUCUGUAACAAUCAUGUCUCAGGGUUUUCUUGACAUCACAUAUAUAUUUGGGGGGAGGGCUGGGAAGCAAGGCUCACUCAGAUGGUAUGCAUGGUAUGGAUCAUUCUGUUUAUUUGCUUUACCCCCUUAGCUCUCAAUUCCAGGAAAAUUGUUCAGUUAACUGAGUGGUUUGGUAAUGAAAUCCAUAAGAAUAGUUCUGAUCUUUCUAGAUUCAGCAGAGCAUUGUAGCUUUCCUUUUCUUUUUUAUUGGUCUGAGUAGUCUACUACCAUCUGAAUGUCAAGGUUGACGAUGUCUGCCUCUUUUUUUAAUAUUAAUCCCAGUUUAUGUAGUCCAAAGUUAGAUCAAAUUCUCUCUACAUCUAUCAAUCUUGAGAAAUUUGGUUUUAAUUUAGCAAAUCAUUUUUCUUCUUUCAUUUUCUGCAGUUGCAGGUCAGUGAAUAAAACCUAAUGCUGUUUGUACAUUGGUGAUGUUAUUUGUACAGUUAAACUGUUCAUACAUUCACAGCAGACCUCUCCCAGUCAUCCAUUCCCCAGCUUUAGGUAUAUCGGGCAUAUUCAUGACGCCUUUCACUCACAGUGCUGCUUUCUGUCUUCGCCUAUCUUAUCUUCUUUUUCUACCUUAAUAGUUUUGUUUCACCCUUUCCCCUGGUGUUUGCCAACACAAAUGAAGUGUUUCAUCCAUAGUUCACUGGAUGAAGUGGGUAGCAUUCCUAACCCGCAGAAUCCCUGGCAUUGUCUAGUCACAGAGUCUGCUAGUUUUAUAAAAACGCAGUCUGGUUUAUUACUAUGUCGUCUGUUUUUUUUUUAUUUUUUUUGUAUAGACUAUACUGUAUUCCUUACAAAAUGCUUACUUAGCCUUUUUUUUUUAAUUUAUUUUUAUAUAUUUCUCUUGUAGUACAGUAAUUGAGGAAUCUUUAUGACUUUUAAAUAUAUUCCUAUAGAAAUCUGUUCUGUAUUAAGGAAAUAAAUAUAUAUAUAUAUAUAUAUAUAUAUAUAUUUAUUUAUUUCAAAGCUCUUAAAGUGGAACAACUAUCAGGAAUAUAGCAUUGUGUUCCAUAGUGAUUGCUACAUUUAAAAAAAACCACUCUGGGCACCAUAACAACUUAAUCAUAAUGAAGUUGUUACAGUGUGAGAAGGUCCCAGGCAAGAUCAUUGGGAUGAAGUUGUUAUAGUGUCUCUUUAAUAUACCUUACCCCAAAUAACUCUAUACAUAGUACUGGUCCUUCAAGUAUAAGUAUUUUCUAGUUAAAACUUUUUCACCAUUUAUAGUCUAUCAAUUCUCAUAUUGACUAUAGUGAGUUUCCAGAAAUCAAACGGCUAUUUAUAAGUUCAACAUAAUGUAUGAAGUUAAAGAAACACUCCAAGCUAUAGUGGUUAUGGUGCCACCUCAGUUUAUCUGUCAGACAGUAUUAGCACGGUUUGGCACUUAAUGUGGGUUCUGCAAAUAACUGCGCUAUUUGCAGUUUUAUCAAGCUGUAUAUGACUGGAUGCCAGUUUGUUCCAGAAAGGGACUCAUUCACUGGCCGAGGGCACUGAAUGAAUGAAUGUCUACAUGGCAUCCAGAUUCUCCUGAUCAAGCAGAGUUGAAGCCGCAUGAGUGCCUGGUGUGACUCAGGUAAAUGUCAAACCGUGCUAAAAAGGGUUGCCAGAUUAUGCAGUCCUGGCACCAUAACCACUACAGCAGGCUACAGUGGUUAUGGUGCUUGGAAUGUUCCUUUUAAGCAUGUCUGAGAUUCGCAGUGUGUAAAAACAAAAAAAAAACAAACAAAAAAAAACACUUUCAGCCAGUAGAUUAUUGCAUUUCGUUGAAUACCUGCAUCUGUCUGAGCAGUGUAUUUGUGUGAAAACAUUGAAUUUAAUUAGCACUGGCAAAUUGAAGCCCUCUUUGAAUAUUGAAUAUAAAGCUGCGUGGAGCAGCAUACUAUGCCCCAAAUUGUAGAAGCCAUUUCAAGAGCAUAGUAGGGAUGAGCUUUAGAGGUAAAAAAAAGUUUUUGAGAAGUUGAUGAAUUUUAAAGUCAUCAAUUUGGCAAUAAAUCCUAAAAUUCCCAUGAGUUAUCACUGAAUUGGAUUCCCUUCAAAAUGUAGCUAAUUGGGAAUUAAUUCCUAAAUUAGCCAUGAAAAUGGGCACAUUGGCCCCAAAUAAUUCCCAGAAUAAGUAGCUGGAAACUACAAGGCCAGAGCAGCUGAACUAAAAGCAUAGCUGAUUUAGAGAAUUUUUCCAGUUUGGCUACUUUGACCUUAAAUUUGAAAUUUACUUUGCAUUCUCAUUUUAGUAAAUAACCCUGAAUGUCUUUCUAAAAGCAGGAGUAUAUACCCGUAUGGAUGGUCUGUGAGAGCUUUCCAUGAAUUCCAUCCUUCCAGCUAUCUGCCAAAGCUUUGUUUUAAUAAUGCAAUGAUGUAAUCUGCUCCAACCACAGGCUGAUGUAUGUGAAAUCUCUAAGGGGGAACCCCUAGAAACGUUGGAUGACUUGGCUCUGAACCUAUGUUUAGUUAGAGCAAGGAGUGUAAUGUUUUUUCCCCCUCUUCUCAUUGUAAUCUGAUGCUGAUUGGGAAGAACAAAUCUGCUAAAAGUCUUUAAAGAACAAGACAAGUCUGAAGCUGCUUCCAGUCAAACCCCUAACACAGCUCAGGAUAACUUCAAGGAAUGCUGAGCAAUUUCUGUGUUUGAAACCCGCGGGCUAAAUAACAAAGGUGCAAAGUGUGAUCUUCUAUAGAGAGGAUCAAAUCAGGAUAAAUGAAUGCUGUCCCGUAACAAAUUGUGACUUGUACAUUUUUAAAAAAUUAUUUUAAAUAUGUUUUCAUAGCACUGACCUGGCAAACUCCAGGAGCCUGGAGGUUGCGGAUAUUAUUUAUAUUUGCAAUGCUUUGUCUGUCUGUCUGUCUAUAGUACCUGAAAAAACACUUAAGAUAUUGGCCCAGGUUUGGGCCAAAACGUUUGUCAACAACGGCUUUACUUUGAUAAAACAGACAAUAUUUGAUUCUCUAUUGCCAUUUGCAGAUCUAUAAACUCAUUGGUGCAAUCCGAGGGACAAAACCUGCACUUCAGAUCAACCAAUGAUAGCAUUAUAGUGGUGAUAGCAGGCAAAUGGGUAUAUAGGAAAAUACACUUUUAAGGAUAUUCACUAAAGUGUGAAUUGUCAAAAAUUCAAACUGAAUUUAACAUUUUAGGCCAAAGUAGCUUAAUUGGAUAAAUUGUCAAAGUUGGCUAUGUUGUCUCUUCUCCCCUUUCCAUUGCCGCUUGCCCUGUGGUGGUGCUGGGGAAGGUAAGUCCCUCAUUUCUACAUACCUGAAGCUGUCCCUUGUGGUAGGUAGAUCUUAUUUACCUGAAAUAGCGUCACUACCUUGUCUUAUAUCUUACGACGGAGUUGGAAUUUCAGUGAAAUUCUAGCACAGUCAAUAUAUUCCUUAAAGAAUAAAGAUUAUAUCUUUUUAAAUACUAUUUAUAUUUGUUUUUGGAGGGGAGGUAGGUGACCCUACAGGUUUAAUGUAUAACUGUCAAUUUAGUGUAUAAAGUUUUUAACGUUUCACUUCUGAUAUGGCAUAUGGUGUCAUGUCAUUUCAUACCACAUUCUUUAAGGGAUUUUUGAGCAGGUGCAAAUGGUCCUGUCCAUUUUCUUACUUCAAACCUCAUGCAUAUUUGCCAGUUCCCUUUAGCUAAUGGAUUACUUAACCCAGCCCCCAGUAUCAGUGGUGAACACCUGUUUUCUGUUUAUUAUUGCAGCCUCCUUUCCUCUUGCAUACAUAAAUAUUUAUUUAAAUUCUCUGCAUUGUUCAUUUUGCUCAGCAUACAUACAGUUCAUCUGACAUCCAAAUCUUAAGAACUCUGAGCCAGGGGUCUCCUGUGUCAAUAGGAAGUGUGACAGUAUUGGUGGUUAAGAAUUAAAGAGCAAAUGCCACAUCUGAAGGUUAGUACAAACAAAUGGAUAACUAAAAGCACGCUAUUCUAAUAGUAACGUAUGAUGAAACACUUUAGAGAACACAUUUUUCUCCAAAGUCAAAUACUUUGUGGCUGGGCUGUGGUUGCCCAUUCCGCCUGUUGCUCCUAGAUGCUUCCCCUUCACAAUAAUAUAACUUACAGUGGUACUGGGCAGGUCUAGUAGGCCAGACAUUUCACGACCUGACUUGUGGCUAAGGUGUCAAUGUUUAUCUAUGAAUAUUUCAUGGUUAACUGCUGGAUUUUAUGCACCUGAAGGCAAUGGAUGAGGUUAAAACACCAGGACGCAAUAAUCAGUAAGUGGGUCCACAUACUUUUCACUGUAUAUUGUAUUUGUAGAAUAGGGCGAUUAGAAGCCAAUCCCAUAAAGCGCUGUCAUGAGCUGAGGGUAUUAUGGAAGAGAGCCUCCUAUAAGAAGCUCGCUGCAGUGAAAAAGCUCUAGUACUCCAUCAUCAAGGAUAGAGGCCUACUGUACUUCUGCUUCUUGAAGUGGUCAUGGUGGUUGGAGUCUGGAUGUGUAUUGUUUUAGCUUAAAACACUUUGCAUACUGUGCAAUCUGCACUUUUGUGCAGUGGGAAAGCCCCGAAUUCUGUUUCGGGUUGCCUAAUGUCAAUUCUGUGCAUAUUUUAUGUCUUGUCAGCUUGCACAGAAUGCUGCAGACAGACGUAACUGCUUUUCCCUUGCAGGCAUAACCUCUAUCCCUUCCACACUGAUUGCAGCUCUCACUGCCUCCCUAACCCUUACACUAAUUAAUAUAUAUAUAUUAUCUCCUCUUUUCCCUCCCUCACUCUCUUUUUUCCCCUCUAUCACCGGUUUAGAGCGUGUGCCUACACUCUGAGCCUCUUAAAUCCUCCAAUGAAACGCUUGUCCAUGGGUCUCAGGCUUAUAGAAUGAUGCCAGAAUAGCAUUAUGCUGUUCCCCACAAAAAAAAGUUUUGGAGAAACCUUUUAAGUUAGACCGAGAACUCAUGAGUUUUGGUAUAAAUACGGAAUGGGUCUCUACAUCUGAAACAUUAUGUUUAGGUGAGCUGUAUUAAUGAUGCACUGAAAUCUUCCACAGUGGCGACUAUGAAUUGGAUACACCAGAGAGAGUUGAGGGCAUGGACCCAAAACCUGGUUUUGCAAAGACUGAAGAGUAUUUUUAACCUUGUACUACUAUAUGGGAAAUGUGCGAAUGAGAGAGGCUUGUUGAUGAUGACUAACAGGAUCACCUUUUUGACGCACAUUUUCGCAAAGUGCGUGUUUUUGUUUUGUUUGUGGUAAAGUGUCUGAUUCCAUUGGUGUCAAUGGAUAUUUCCCCAAUUGAAGAACGUUAUACUUUAUUUCAGAUCAUGACACUUUGAUUAAUUUCCCCAUUCACAGUGUUCUUUGCAUCUUCUGAUUCUGUCAGGCCGUGUACAGAGCUGGAGGUGUUCCGUUAAAUAUCACAUCUUUAUAAUGAACAGUCUGUACAAACACGAUAUCCUAUGUCCCAACUAUUUCAUACCACUUCUGUGUUAACCCAUUUAUUGGUAGAGCUGUUGCAGGAAACCAAAAUCAGCCAGUUACAGCUUCUGGUAGAUUAUUUAUUUUAUAAAAUAUUAGUACCAUGUAAGCUGUUAAUUACAGUUUCCUAUUGCACUGCAUAAAAAGUAUGGCAACACCACGAUAAACCAUGCCUGUUGUUUUUUUUUUUUUUUUAUUAUUAUUAAAUAUAAAGUCGUAUGGAGUGGAUCAGUCUGAUCAGGAGAGACUUCAGUUAGCAAGAGCAGAUGGAGUUAUUCCAAAAACUGGAUUCAUUCCCCAAAUAGUGAUGUAUGGAGCUCUGACCUCAGAGGAUUUUUGUGAAAGUUAUGAUACUUGAAUUUUAUGGCUCAGAAAACAAGAUAAAUGUUCUUUGUGGUUAUAUCGUUUUAUAGUGAGACCCUAGAAUCCACAUGUAUCGGGAUUGCCUCAUUUUGUCCAUAAAAUCUAGACUUUGUGUAGAAUGCAUAAUUUCAGAUUCUGCUGCUUACGUUCUUAGUUUUUUUUUUUUUUUUGGCAAAUGCUCCUCAGCAGCUGAUGAGAGUAUUAUGCUCUUUAAAUCCAGACAAAUCUUUGGUAUCAUUUUUAGCCUGGAAUAUGAAUGCAGUUAAAGUGUCGGAGUGGACUUUCAAGCACUAAAUUAGGCUUUUUUUUUUUUUUUUCCCUCUCACUGCUUUGUUUUGUUUCUAAGUGUACACCUCAUUUUUUGGAUGCUAUAAAAACUGGUUAUUCUUUCUGUAAAGAAGUAACUCAUGAAAGAUGAGUCUUGCCUGAUUUUUGGCACAAUCGCCAUGUCUGAUGUCAUUGAAAAUAAAGCCCCUCCGUCAUAGUCGUAUAUCACAGUGGAGUUUAAUCAUGUAAAAUGAUAAAUUCUGCUCUCUUUGUAUGGAGUUAGGUUAGUGUUUUACGGCUUCUAAUGUUGGACUCUGUAAACACCACAAACCGUCUUGUAGCAAUGUAAAAUGCUUUUUCAGUUCAUUGGUUUAACAUCCAGGGCUUAUUUAUUCUUUAGCUAUUAACCUUCUCUAGUUUGGCAGCUUAAAGGCUCAGUCCAUAGUUUGCCAAAUAGCGGCAAGAAAGUGCGAACAAAAAGUAAAACUAGGCAAUAUCUCCUGGAAAUGGGGAAACUUAAUGUGGUUUAUAACUGUAAAAAAUGCUUCCCACUUUGUGAUGUUGCAUCAGACAUAUCUGAUUGAGAAGGACCAGAUUUCCAAAUCAAGAGAUUUCAGCAUUGUUAUCAGGAACAUGCAUAUUGAUUAAAACGUUAGGAGGGGUGAGUGUUCAGGUCUAUAGAAAAUGUGUAGACAAUUUUAAUCUUAACUCAUCAACAUUAUUUCUUCUUCUAAACAGAGUACACUUUACAUUGCCGAAUGCUCACGUAUUGGCUCAAUGUGAGUUAAAGUUAAUUAAUCCUUUUAAGGGGACACUCUCAUAACAACCACAGCUUAUUGCAGUAUUUCUGAUGUGAGGAUUGAUUACGUUCCUUUCCCAGAGCCAAUCCCCUCAGCUGGCAACAUCCUAUGUGCAUGUUACAGCUUCCUUAUCCAAAAUAUAAGGCAGAAUUGGUUUCCAGGAGCCAGUGUCCAUUCCGUGUCACCAAUAGGCUUAAUGGUGAUUUGGCUUGUGUAUGCCUGCACCUCCCAGAAUCUAUACAUGUUGUUUAUCCUGUGACUGUUUUAAACAAGGUUGCUUUGGUGUAGCUCUCAAUCUUUCAGAACUGAUCUAUGGGGGUGGGAAAGGUUCACGCUUUUGUGUUUGUGGCGUGUCAGGUUAAGAAUACAUGGAUGUACGUGUCCUGAGCCUGAAAUAUGAGCGCGAAGGCCUCUGUCAGCCCUAGUAAUGUGAGCAUCUGUAGAAAACUAACAGCACAAUGAGAUGAAACCAGAGUCACAGAGAUGGUACCUGUCUCUCUGAAUACAGGCAACACAGACUGCAGAACAGGCUCUGUUUAAACAGGCACCUUGGGGUUUAUUCACUAAAUGUGAAUUGGUCGCUAAACUUGAACAUGUAGGCCAAAGCAGCCAAGUUGGGGGGGGGGAAAUAAUAGAAUGUCACUGUUAAGGUUUCCUAGUUUAAUAUAAUCUUGAAACAGGAAGACUGCAUUUGGUCUUGUGAUCCAGGAAACCGUGAAAGAGUAGAGAAAUGCCAUCUGGAUAAUAUUUCCUAUCCAACAUACCUUGUGGCAUUGUGCAGCAGGUGAUGAAUCUAUAUUACAGUGUACCUGAUCGCUAAAUGCCUGAUCAUAAACAUGAUAGGUAUUGGUAAAACUUGUAUUCUAAAAAGUCAUAUUUACCAACAUAUCUGCUUGUUUUUUUUUUGUCCAUGUAAUACUUUUGCUUGCAUUGAAGAUUUAUCAAAUCUGGCUUUUAAUAAUCUUUCCAAACAUAUUUAUUUAUUUUGAAAACUCUACAGAGCUUAUUUGUCACGACAGAUGUGUGCAGAAUGUGAUGCAAUGGAAAAAAAUGCACAAUUUGAGCUUAUCAUGCUUGACCAAAGUGUGUCUGUUCCUCAUAUAUGAUUCCCAUUGCUGUUUUGGCAUUUGAGUGUAUGACUGUCUUUUGUAUCAAUAUGUACUCCAAUUCUGGAGUUAAUGGUUGGUUUACUGAUUUAUUUUAAUAAAAUAAUAAAUGGAAAAAUGUAUCUAAAGAUAUCUUUGCCUUUAAGAUAUAUUAUAAUCAAGAGGUUAUUCAGCAUGAAAUGUGUAUUCGUUAUGUAGCUUGAGACUGUAUAAUCAUGUAAUAUUUACAUGUUUGGUAAACUAAGCCCAGGUAAUUGAACUUGUGUCUGCAGAGAUAAUAUGCACUUUUUUUUUUUUUCCAAAGCACGAAUAUUAUAAACUAGUAUAUAAAGUUCAGAAAAAUACCUUAAUCCCAUUGUUUUAAGUUGUUCUCCAAACUGGUGUGAUAGUUCCUUUGCAAUGAUUUCAUCGUGAUCUGUGUAUUUCUAAUGGUAUAUAGCUUUUAAACUAAUCUCAAAAUGUAUUAUUCUAAAUAUGAAAUCUUCAUAUGGUUGCAAAUAUUACAGGUCAUAACAACCAGCAAGAAUGUUAAAUAGAAUUUUACCGGCUAGUGAUUUUAAAUCAAAUCCUUCCUAUGGCCACGAACCACUUGAUAAAGAUGGGUUUUGUGCAGCAAUUAUAUCUUUAACAUUGUCUUGCAUGGAAAUGGUGUUACAUCUAGGGCCUUAUGUAUAUUGAAAUUCUUGCUUUAUGAUCAGUGUUAUGGGAUAAGCCAGAACAAACCUUUGCCUCCUCAUCCUAGUAUCCCAAGUAAUAAUGUCUGCAAAAUGCAAUUUCUACCACCGGGAAGAACCCACACAAGUUCCAAACCAACACAUUACACUACAUCUACAACCUGGUAUUACGACCACAAAGUUCAACACAAAGACCACUGGCAAACGCACGACCACCCACUAAGACCUCUCCACGAAGCUAGCCACGGCUAUAAGAAAAGACGACAGGGCACCGCUCUCUGUGUCCAAACCAGACCCCGACGGGGGAUGGUUCAUGAGACGGGCUGUCUCUGAGGCUCUGUAACUGGGAGACGUUACUCAAACCGGUACCAAACCCAUCAUAUUACCACGCGGACGGUCUCACGACAGGGCUUAGAGCACAUACCCGAUACCACAUACCUCAGGACUACUCCACGCAGAACAGAGUAUAUAGACUCAACGCAAGCAAUGUGAGUCACUAGGACAGCACUGUAAAACCUGUCUUAUACAUACAGAGAGUAUUGUAUUUUACCCUAUUGUGUUGCACUGUUGUGUUCCUUGUUCUUUUUUGUGUUCUCUGUAAUUGUUGUAUUUUUUGUACGGGCAAAACUGCCCCUAAAACUUAAACUCCGACACAGAGCGGCUAAAAUCAAAGUCGUCUAACCUACUAAACAUUUAACCACUGUUGUAAACCAUGGCAAAUAUCUUGUAACCGGCCCCUGCGCGAGCCACUGAAUUUUGCUAUGCCGCAUUUUGUGUCGAAUUAAAAAUAAAGAAAUUAAAAAAAAAAAAAAUGCAAUUUCUAGUGUUAAAGAAAUAUGAGCCAAUAAACUACCAGGGAUAACUGGAAGAGGUUACCUGUGUAAGUCUAUAUGUCUUUAAAAAAUUUGGCUAUAGAUGUGGGAACUUUAGUAUAGAGUGUUCCUGCAUCCAGUGUAUGGAAAUACAGAGGGGUGUUGGCUGCAUUUAGGAAUAAUAAUUUGACCAUCAAAUGAACGUUCAGACCUAGUUUUGAAUGGAGCUCUGUCCUAAGGCUCUAAAUCCAAGCAUCGGUAGAACACCUGACUGUGAAUAAACUAUACCAGACUCCAGGAGAGAAUUGGCUUGUAUUUUUCCACCGUCCCAAGUUUUUAAAAGCAUAAAUAGAUGGUGGUGGUGGUGGUGGUGAUGGAGGAUGUUUUGAUAUUUCAUUAUUUAAACUGUCUGGAGGAAAAAUACCCAAUCUGUGUGGAAUAACCUAGUAAAUAUUCCACGCUACUUGCCUGUCUGAAUACAGAGGCUCUCAGUCCUGAAUAUUCUUUUGCUGAUUGCAUGCUAAGCUUCCUGGAAAAUAUCUAAUGUAACAAUCUAAACAUGAUAUGUAUAUAACAUCAUCCUCUGUUUAUUGUUGGAUGGUGAAUCCCAUUGUCCAGAGAUGGAAGGUGAAACAGAAGUUGACAAUAAGAACCUCAAAACGUCAUGUUCUGUAAUAAAUAUCAUGUUCUUUAUUGCACCUCCUAUACCUGACCAUUAUUCACCAACUCCUCUCUAACAAAUGCUGCUUAUAAUAGAAUUUAUUUCUACUGUUAAAAAUAAAUGAAACUAAAGAAAGCAGAAGAGAUGGAGAGAACCGUGUGGACACGUUUACUUGGGUCAAAUUUUUUUUUUUUUUUUUAGGCCUUCGAUCCUACCAUUCCCUUUUUACGGUGCAGGAGUGGUCCAAUCAAUGCUGGGUGUGUAGAUCUGCUUUUCCCUGCUACACAUUCCUGACCCAGUUAGAGAUUAUACCAUAUACACACAUCAGAGCAUAUUUUAGUCAAUUAAAAUAAUUUGCAAAAAGACAUAAGUGGCUGACAUUUAAUUUACAUGGUGAACGGUUUAUCCCCUAAAACAGGCUUUCCCAAACACCCUCCAAAUGUUGAUGAACUACAACUCCCAUGAUUCGUAGCCCAUCUAUUUCAUUCAUAGAAUCAUGGGAGUUGUAGUUUAGCAACAUCUGGAGGGCCGGAGUUUGGGGAAGCCUGCCCUAAAGUAAGAAAGCUCCAGGGACCUCCUGGCACCAUAACUCCAUUUUGAUAAAAUUGUUAUGGUGCCCAGAAUGUUCCUUUUAACGCUUGCAAGCAUAGGUAGCAUGUGGAGACUUGUCUGGUGGACCAGAGCUUUUAUUAUGAACUUAGCGUGGAGGUCAGUAAACUCUCUGCUGGGUAAGGGGGUAUGUGUUGGAUUUUUUUCUUUUUCUUUAUUUUUAAUCUUUGUCUGCUUCUCCACUCAAGACUUUACAGCAAUUCCACUGUGAACAAUCCAUUGAUAGAGCUUCUAAUUUUUAUCUAUCUACUUCUCGCUACUAUCCUCUAUUAAACCGCCAUAACUAUUUUGGUGGUCCUCUGUCCCUAUAAAUUUUUCAUCAGGAUCCUGGGUUAUAAAUCAUCAUCAAUGCCUCCAGUGUGAAAGUUCAAUUUAAAUAUAUAUAUAUAUUUUUAAAGUUUAUAUUUGUAACUUGUCCUCUACCUUGCGCAACCUUUUUUUACAUACAUGCGAGUCCCUUCUAUUUACCGGAUUAAAACAAAUCAGUGCUGUAUUACGAAUCCCUUCUUGUGCCAUUUUUACUUUCCGAUCUCUGUAAAUCACAAGUCACUGCUUGUCCAGUAUUAUGUAAACGCGGCCUGUUCUCUGUAAAAUGCUUUCAUUCAGCAUGAAAGAUGCCCAUACAUCUGCCUGUCUUACUGGUAUUUGAUAAAGGGGUGAGGCAGGCCCUGGGAGCAAGUCUAUAUCUAUAUGUACGGUUUAGGCAUAUAAUAUAUCUUCUAUACCAUAAGACAGUAUUUUACAUUCUGUACGUAAUGGAAAAUAUAACCUACCUGGAUUUCAAGUAAUGCUCAGUGGACAUUACCUUUUUUUUCUUUUUUUUUAAUAGUCUCUUUAUUUUUAUUUUGCAUUACAAUAAUAAAAUUAAUGCAAAGAGAAACGUUAUUCUUCCUUAAAGGGGAUCUGUCGCUUAACAGGGUUUUCAUAAAUGGGAUUCUAUAAUAUUAUUAAUACAAAUCUGUAUUCCUAACACUGUAGUGACCUUUGGUCCACCUCCCCGCCAUGUAAAGGGUUAAACAAAAACCUUUUACUCACCUGAUUCCAGCGCUGAUGUCCCUCAGAGCCAGGCUUUGCUGCACCUACUCCGACAUCAUUUGACGGGUGAAUUUAAUACUCAUGCGCAGUGAGCACUGCAAGCUCAAUAGGCCCUUUGCUUUGUUAUGGGGAUUUUUCUUAUGCUGGAUGUCCUCCUGCAGAGUGUGAGGAUGUCCAGCGUCAUUUAGGGGUCCUAGAGUCUGUUGGCAUCCAGGAAGUGCCUCUAGUGGCUGUCUGACCGCCACUAGAGUCAUAGUCAUGCAAGGUAAUCAUUGCAGUUUCUCUAAAAUGAUAUGAAGUGGACUACAGUGUCCAUUAAAGGGACACUUCAGACUUCUGAAGCACUUUUGCUUUCUGUGUGAAGAAUUCUGCAAAAAAGUGCAGAUUACAAUAUUUAUUAAACUGGUUACACCCCCUUGUCUUUCAAACUGACAAAGUCUUGUUACUUCCUGGUUUGGUUAGCUAAAUGGAACUUAACUCCAGAAGAAGCUAGUUGCUCAGAGCAUCUACUUUGCAAAAAGACUUCUCAUGGAGCAUUGGACAGCCACAGAAAGUCUGGGCAGAGUUAAAAGUUGAGGGCUUGCAAAGGCUGCAGGCAAGAACUGCAGAUUUUGCAAACUAUUUAGAUUCAUCCCCAAUGAAAUAAUGCAUAAUUAAAUGCAUGCAAGUUUUUGUUAUGGGUAUAUCAACUAAACAGUCAUUUGAAUUUGGGCCGUGAAGUGUUCCUUUAAGCUUAUUUUAUUAUAAGCAUAAUAUUAAGCUUAUCAUAUAAAUACUGUCUGUAAGGGACUGGAAAUUUUAUGUUAAAUGUAGAAAUCCACACUGUUGUAUGUGCUUCUAGUCUAAACCCAAGUAUCUCCAUCUUGGUCCCCUUACAUACUUCUAAGCUCAGCAUUCUUCUGUCAUUGAACAUGGCAAACCGAGGCAGAGAAACAGAAAUAAUUGUUGUUUCUCAUCCUCGGAUGCAUGGUGUGCCCUUGCUCUGCCUACCCUGAAUUGGCUUGCCAUGUCCACUGCUAAAUCUUUUAACUGCUUUUCAAAGAAAACCGAGCAUCACACGAGACAUUGACGGACAAGGGAGAGCAGAAAUAAGCUACCACAGGAGGUCCUUUUACUGUCUUGAGCAUAGCAACCACAGCGUAUGCACUUUGGUUGCAAUGGAAACUUCCUAGUCGCAGCUUCUAGUGCUGGCUAGGGAUUUUAGGAAUAGAGUGAUGUGACAUCACAGGCAGUGCUGGAAAGGUGAAUAAAUCUCUAUAUUUUCCAUUGAAUACAUCAUGUAUAUUUGUGAUGUAUGGGAGCAAGUUCAGGUAAGUUCAUUUUCACACAACAGGUUUUCCUUUAAAAGACCUGUCCACUCUAAUAAAGAUUGACGUGUACAGUGCAUAAGAACUGCAGCUUUAUUUUUUUUGUGUGGAGUGUUCCUUUAACACAGUUGCACAUUUAAACAUAUUAGAGACUCCAUAAUUGAAACUGUACACGAAGACCAGGGCAGUUGCAUACCUCCCACCAUUUCAAAUGGACAAAUAGGGACACUUUUUUAAUUUGAGGUGUGGGAGCAGAACCUGGCGAAUCUCUUUUGGGGGCAGGCUUGUGACCUACCAAAGGCCUACUCGCAGACGAUUCCUCUACCUAUUGUUCUUACUAUUUCAUAAUAAAGAAAUUUUAUUGGCAUAAAAUACUUUAUUGCCAUUUUCUUUCUUUUUUUUUUCUUUUACCUGACUAUACAUAUAUUGCAUAUUUUACAAGAAGUGCAAAGAAUCCAUAGGUGGGGAUUAUACCACCCAAGCGCUUACACUGAGCAGUCCAAGCUUGCUCUAUAUUAUGUGAGUAGUAUAUUUUAUACUCUUUUAACUUUGAAUUUUAAAUCAGAGAGCACUAUAUAUUUUAUUCUCUUCUUCUGGGUCUUAAAACACCAAUUUGGACGUUGAACCUAAGCCAGAUAUUCACCUAUCAAACCUUACUCCGCAUAUCCUUGAGUGGAGAUUAUUCCACUUUACGUGCGCAAUAUCAGAGCUGGAUUUUAGCUCUGAAAAGUGUGAGUAAGACUAAUUUUAUUAUUAUAUAUUUUACUUACCUAUAUACUGUGCCAUUGGAGUUUUUUUUUUUUUAUUUUUUUUUUUUUGUAAAUAUAUUUUUAUUGGGUGUUUUAAAUUUUUCAGUUUCGAACAUGUCAUGAGAAAGCUUCGGUAUGGACACGCAGGUCCCAUUAUGUUUGCAAGCGAGCUAUUGCAUUGGAACAGAAGCUGCUCAUGUGUAUAUAUACAUUGGAGACACGCAGGUCACAUUUAAACGUAAAAAGCAUAAACUAGUUGGACUCGCAGGUCCUAUGGCAUAUACUUGACAUGUGUCUCUAAGCUAUUUUCAGUUUGGAUACUCAGGUCCCAUCUGUAUGAAGCGUUAACUGGCAUUUUAGGAAGCGUCGUUCGGUCAGGUUUACGUUGAGUUUGUGUGUUCAGUCAGUUAUUUGGGGCAACAUGUGUCUUAACAUGGUAUAUCUUAUCCUGAUUUGGUGACAUGUGAAUCAUUUAUGAGAGGGUAUGGUGGACUCGUAGGUCCUGACGGGGUCGAUUUGUUUUUUUUUUUUUUUUGUUUUUUUUAUGUGGAGAAUCUUUUGUAUGUGUUGUGGGUGGGUGUGUCUGCGGUUUCCUGGAAUUACAAGGCGUUGGGUUUGAAAUUUGUAUUCUAUCAUAUACUUUUAUCUGUGUGAAGUAUUUGUGAGUAAGUAGUAAGUACGAUGUAGGGGUAGCUCUAGUAGCACGGGUGUUUUGUGGACUUUUUUUUUUUGGCUGGUAUGAGUGGCAUCUAUGUUCGUUGGGAGUUUUUUUUUUCUACAUAUGCUCUAUCGAACUCCAAGACUUGAUCCCAUCAAACAUCCUAAGAAUUCCUUCUCUACACGUGGGACCUACCAUUACGGACUGUGAUAAUUUAUUUAUUUUUUGGAUUAUUGCCAAUUACUUAUUUUAUCUUAAUAUUUUAAUAUUUUAUUAUACUUUUAUGUAUAUAUUGUCACUAUUAUACAUUUAUACAUUUUAGGCGCACCCUUAUUUUAUUGUUUGUUUUGUAUUCCUUGUUACUAUUAGGGGAUUAUUGGGGACUCCCCUUUGAGGAGUGCAGCCUUUUAUUUAUAUCCUGUUGUGCCAAUUUAGUGCUGAUUUUCUUCUUUUGGUUUUUCCGAUUCCUCUACCUACUGCCUAACAAAUUUUAGUAAGUCUCACACCUACCCCCACCACUGGUGAGGGAUUGUCAUUAUCCAUGCUUCGGAGAAAGUCUUCAAGCAGAACUCCGUUGGUCGCAGCCAUCUUCCUUUGCAUAAUGGCGGACGCCGUUUAUUAAAUCACUCCCUGAGCUCAGGGUACCUGUAACCUGGACAGGUUGGACAAAUUGUUUGCAGACUUUUGGUCUAAACUCACCUAUCGCCUGGGAGCUUCCGUAGUGGUCCUGUUGGCACCUACCUUGGCUCAGUCCACUCAGCAAAGCAUACCUCCUACGCAACGUGGCUGUACACAAGAAGACUCCUUAACGGAAUUCACUUAAGCUACGCAAGUCGUGGAAACAGUGAUACCGCCUGCACAAGCGAGUUUGGGACUGACAUCCUACCCGUCUUUGCCAUGGAAUGCCAGGGCUCUAUUUACACCGGGGAACCAGUAGUACACUUGCCUCUCACCGAUUGUGCAUGUGAUCCACUGGCGAGCCACCAACUUGUUGGGCUGUGAUGUAUACCCAGAGGGCAUUGUCUAAUUGGUCCAUAGGCAUGUAUCACUGGAGUUUUGUCACAUGUCCCCUCAUGGGAUGUUGUCACUGUAGGCACACACCCAAUCUUUUUUUAAGAUAUUUAUUUUCUGCAUGUGUCCAGAUCACUUAUUUAAAAUUUUAUGCACGCUUAUACCAUGCAAUACAUUGUUUCCCCCUUUUUAUUGUUUUAUACGCAACAUGUUCCUUUAUGCAUCCUAUUUUUUUUUUUUUUUAAUUGUGCAGUCAUCUUGACCUGCCUUAACAAAAUCCUGUUGAUACUCCUUACUGUUCUACUGUGACGUGUCUAUGCUUAUUUAGAAUGUUGGCAAUGCACUACAAAAGUAAAGAUUAAAAAGGGACCUUCCAUAUAAAAAGAGGCACUUGGGAGGUAUGUAGCUGGCAGAAAAUGGAGAUAUCCUAUUUAGUAGUAGUAUUUAUGCAGCACUUUACAAUAUUAUGAAAGGGGAAAAUGUAACAAUAAAUGAGACCAUUACAAAACGAUACAUGAACUAUAGGUAGAUGAUAUGUUUUAUUGAAUAGCUUAAUUACUUUUUCAGAAGCCAAGGAGCAACCUAAUGUAUUUUCUUAUGAUUAUGUAUUGUAUGUACCCGGGAGCAGGAGUAGAAAAAGUUUGAUGCUUUUGCUCCAGAAUUCCAAUUCAAAAAGCUCUAGACAGGGCUUUACUUUGUGGAUAAUACACUCCAGAUGUGUGGCUGGCAUCUGGAUCCCAUCCUCUAACAAACAGAGUCCCAUCUCCAAGCAGGGGACAAGCUCAGAUCCAACUUUUUAACCCCUUCAACAGUUCAAAGUAACGAAUUCCAGAAUUGGGGUUGCAUUUUUUGUGUGUGCGUGCAAUUUGUACCUUCUAAUAAUGCAAACAUUAGGAAGGAUGAAGUAAUGGACCUGUUGGUCAUGUUGUAUAUCUGUGGGGUCACACACCUGCUCAUUGUGAUUAAAGUGGGUUAUUUUUAUACUAGGUUUGUGGUUGGUUUGAAUGUGCAUGACGGCGAGCCAAAACGUAUUCAUAGAAGAAACCAUGGAGUGCACAGCACAGCUCACUUAUAUUUUUAAAAAACAAAACAAAAUGGGACUUGCAAGUCUUGACAGAAGUGUAACAAAGUACAUCAUAAAAAUAAACAAAAACAGUACUAUGAUAUAUAAAAUUAUAUAUAUAUUUUUUUAAAUUGAGGUGUACUGUCAGUUUCUUGUGUUUUUUACUGUAUUAAAGUACUUAUUUGAAAACACAAAUUUAGAUUGCUGCUUGAUGUAGGAAAUGUUACCCCUAUAUAACACACUGCCAUCUUACUUUGAGCCAGGUUUCUAAUGCUCUAUAUGAUGGUGGUGAAUGCUCACUUGGCCCCUCCCAAACAGCUAAUAAUACUGCUGCGCCAACAAAACUGUCCUCAGUCAUAACCUGAGUGCCCAGUCUGGCUUGCUGCUUUUAGAGCCCUGCCAGGAUGAUGUCACCAUAGGCUGGUACACUGCUUCAUGCAUGUAGGCUUUACUGUACCGGCUUCUGGGGCGAAGGGAAGGAGGUUGUGCCAAGCAACAGUACAUUUGUACAGACUGAAAACUGACUGUAUUUCACUUGUUUUGCUUUCUACAUUUCACAUAUACACUGAAUGUAGUAUUCUUGCCACAUAUUUAUUUACAGUGUGCUGACAGUUUGGGAGUCCACAUUCCCAAAUUAAGGUGCAGAUUCACCUGCUCCUGUCCUUCAUGUGCUAGCUAAGCAUCUCAGUGUCUCAAAUCACAAUGUACUUUAAAUUACUAUGCAACACAGUGUGUGUGUAUGUAUAUGUGUAUAUAUAUAUAUAUAUAUAUAUAUAUAUAUAUAUAUAUUGCUUUUUCUAAUAUAAAAUAUUGGUCCUUUCAGGGUAAAACGUUUAAUUAUACAGUAAACAUACUCACAUGCAGACACAGGCAAUUUCACUGACAUUUCAGUGACACACGCAAGCUCAUUGAUACACAGCCUCAUAGACAAACAAUCUUACUGAUAUACAUCAGCUCAUUGACAUAAAAACACAAGCUCACUCACUAGCAGGCACACGCAUGCAAGCAAGCUCACUCACUAGCAGACGCACACACACAGCUUAAUGUGGUGGUACUGGUGUCUAUAGCAUGUCCCUACAGGCUUUUCAACGUAAACACUGACUUUUCAGACAAAAGGCAGUGUUUACAUUGCUUCAAAGUGACACUGCUAGUGACAGUCACUCAGACGGUCACUAGAGGUGCUUCCUGUGUUAGUGUACCUACAUUCAGGGCCUCCACACUCUGUAGGUGCUGAACGUUCCCCAUAGAGAUACAUUGAUUCAAUGCAUCUCUAUGAGGAGAUGCUAAUUGGAGUGGCGUUUUGCAGCCAAUCCUAUGGCAAAGCAUUGGAUUGGCUGAGAUCAUCAAGCUUGAUGAUCUCCGCUAUAGAGGCAGGGCCAGUCGAGGGGAGACCAGCACGCUGCAUGGGGGAAAAAAAAGGUGAGCAAAAACACUAUUUUUUAAACACACAUUUACACCAUGACAGAUACACACCCCAUGACAGAUACACACCCCAUGACAGACAUACACACACACACACACCAUGACAGACCAUGACACACACACACCCCCCCCAUGACGGACAGACACACACACACACACACCCCAUGACGGACAGACAGACACACCCCAUGACGGACAGACAGACACACACCCCAUGAAUGACAGACAGACACACACCCCAUGAAUGACAGACAGACACACACCCCAUGAAUGACAGACAGACACACACCCCAUGAAUGACAGACAGACACACACCCCAUGAAUGACAGACAGACACACACACCCCAUGACGGACGGACAGACACACACACACACACACACCAGACAUACACACAGACACACCAUACAGACAGACAGACAGACACAUGACACAGACAGACACACACACCAUACAGACAGACACCAUGACACAGACACACACACACACCAUACAGACAGACAGACACCAUGACACAGACAGACACAUUACUUAUACCUGCCAGGGGGAGGUCUUUUGGGGGCCGCUGGGGAGAUCUUCUGGGGGACUUUUACCGCUGGGGAGGUCUUCUGGGGGACAUGUCCUGGCGGCCGCUGGGGAGGUCUUCUGGCGGCCGCUGGCGGACUUGUCCUGGCGGCCGCUGGGGGAGCUGCGCUGGCUCUCCCGCCCUCGCGCGCUGCUGAAUGAGACCGGCGCCGGAAUAUGACGUCAUAUUCCGGCGCCGGUCUCAUUCAGCUGUGCGCUGGGGAGCAGAGCCAGCGCAGCUCCCCCAGCGGCCGCCAGCAGACCCAGGUGUCUGCCCGUCCCCAGGUGCCGACGGCCCACCGGGAAAUUUCCCGGUAUCCCGGUGGGCCAGUCCGGCCCUGAACACAGACACAAGUGAUUGCAUGAUCGUUGAAGGUGUUAAAUGCAAAGCAUGCAUUAAACAAUUUUGGCUUUGCAAUGAGAUUUUGCUUAACCCACAUGUCAAAUGGACAAAGAGUGACAUUUUAAUUUUAGGGGUAUGAGUGGAGCUGUUAUGAGAAAUUUUAGGUGACUUACUAGUAACAAUUUAUGCAACUAAAACUUCAUUUUCAGAACAAGAACAAUGUAUCGUAUUUACAGACUGAUUUCUAAUGACAUUUAUGUAUUUUAACGACACAAUAUAGUUUGUUUUAUUGCUAUAGAGCUUUGUUAUACUCUCGGACACCCCAACAAAAGGGAGCUCCUAGAAAAGAGGAACAUUAGGAUAGAAAAGAGGGAUAAAGGGAUUUGACCCAAAAAUAGGGACUGUCAAUCCUAAAUAGGGACACGUAGGAGGUAUGGCUAUUGUGUGCUUUUAAUAAUUUGUAUUUAUUGUUCAUUACAUGGAGCAAAAUGUUGAACUAGAGUCUUCCUUACUAGUGUCUUCUCCCCCCUCCCCUCCAUUGUACAUCCCUGCUGAACAUGUUUGUGCUCUGUUUAUUUAGGUAUUCUUAAAAGAUGUAGGUGCAUUUGAAGGGACCAGCCUGAAGCAGAGGGUUCCAAAGCUCAAGCUGUCAGUCUAGGGCUUGAGGCUGCUUGGUUGAUGGACCUUUCACUGGUGACAUGUCUGGUAUUCUUUGAUAGUUCCCCUGUGGUAAUGCAUUCCUAAAGCUUCCUCUUUGCUUUGACUUGUCUUUCCUGCAGGCAAAUGUCUGGUUGUAUUGUCUUCACUUCAACCCUCUGAUAACCUAAAGGCCUCUAUUAAAGGAACUAGGUUACCUAUAAUUGUGCUGCUUUUUGGUGGCCCAUGGAUUGUGCCCCUAUAUUAUGCUUACAUUAUACAUGGAGAUGGGAGUGGGGGCCCUUGUAUGAUGUGACCAUAUUGGAUUUUGUACAGUAAGGUUAACACUGACUUGCUAGUACUGUCAUGCUAUGUGAUAUUGUCUAAUGCAUUAUCAUGAAAGGCUUAAAGAGUAGCAUCUCAAUGUAUUUAAAAUAUAUACAUAUAUAUUUAGCAGUUAUGUAUGUGGCAUCUGUCUGUAUUUAUUUUGCACCAGCUGUAAUGACACAUUCUGUGUUUAAAGGAGCACAAUAGUGUCAGGAAAACAAAUUAGUUUUUGUGGCACUAUGGGGUUAUUAGGUCCUCCUACUGUAAUGAAAUUGAGGGUAUAAAAUCAGAUUGUUUUUGAUGGAGGUUAAAAAUGUUUCCCUUUUGUUUUUGUUUUUUAAAGUAUAAUGUCCUAUUGGGUAUUGUUUUUGAGGACUAUAGUCACCAAAACAACUUUUAGAUUAAUGACUAAAUGGCAGAGAAUUGAGCAGUGAAUCACUUUGUUUAUGCAGCCCCGGGGACACCUCCUUGCAUGUGACUUACACAAGCUUAAUAAAUACUUUGUGUAAAUUCUCAACUUUUUUUAUAUUUCCUUUUAUACGUUUUACUUUUAUACGUUUUAUAUAUUUCCUUUAUUGCAAAUUCUGUUUAUUUAGAAUGUCUUGUCUUCUGCACAGUUAAUAGCUUGCUAGACCCUGCAGGAGCCUCAUGUGUGCAAUUAAAGUUCAAUUUACAGAGCAGGAGAAUUUUUUUUUUUUCUUCUUAUAGUAAGCUACUAUCUGUUUGAAAAUGAACCAUUCUGUUUUCGUGCAGACUGGGUAAGUCACAUCAAAGGGAGGUAUGGCUAGGGCUACAGAAACAAGUGAUUUAACCCCUAAAUGGCAAAGAACUCAGCAGUGAGACUGCAGGGCAUGAUCUAUACACCAAAACGGCUUCAUUAAGCUAAAGAUGUUUUGGUGACUAUAGUGUCCCUUAAAGUAAAAAAUAAGUAUAAAAUUUAAUUAUUACUUCCCUGGAAUACAGUGCUGGGCAAAACUGCUUUCCACGCCUCGUUUUUUUUAUGUCAGUGCAGCUGCAUAAGGUCCAAUCACAAGGCUCAUCGUAGAAGGAGGGAGGGGAGAACUAACUUCCGAUUGCAGGUGAUCUUCCUGCAAGAGAAAAUAUCUUCAUCUAUCGCCAGCAUGCAAUGCACACUGACGAUAGAAGUGAAAUAUUCACAGAAUUGACAUUAAGCAGCCUCAAGCAAAGUUAUAUAUGUUGAUGGUGCAAGUAGCCCCCAGCACAAAAAUGUAGAUUAGUCUGCAUGUGCAAAGUUUCAAGUGGAAUCACUGCACAUAAAUACUUCUACGACCAUGACCAUUUCAAAUCACUGAAGUAGCCAUAGUGGCUGUAGUAACCCUUUAAAGAGUGCGGCAAAUUACGGGCUUGUAAUGAAGUUAGAGCGCACUGCUGUGCUUGGGUAAUUUAACAUUGAUACCUGCAAUUAAGGAUGCAGGAUGUAUUUUGACUGCAGUGGGUCACCGCACCAGAUCAUAUUGCGAUGUUCGCUUGAUAUUGGGAGAAUAUAUUUAGUUUGAUUUAUCAUAGCUGGUUUCUGUUGUUUUUAUGAGGACAAAUCUCUUAACAAUUGUGUUUUCACAUAUUGUUUCUGCUAAGCAGGUGUAUUCAGUAAACUCUGAACUAUAACACACUAAAGAGGAACUGAAAAUACUCCCCAAAAGACACUAAGAACAUACAUUGCAAAUGAGUAGAAUUGGAAACAUUGGGGGAGUUUGAUUGUUUUGUGUGUAGGGUUUUUUUUUCAUGGGGAGGGCAGUUGGUAGGGAAAAGCCAACAUUUUUUAGACCAUUUUUAUAGAACUAUUUCAACAUAUAAACAGAUUAGAGACCAAAAACAGCCUUUUCUGAACACUUUGAUAAAUCUCCCCAUUGUUUCAUUUAUCUUUCUCUCUUUGUGCCUUUUCUACGCCGAUUGCUAGAUGCAAAAGAUUGACCCUAUAACAUUGACAGGGAGCCAUUACGGAGGCACCCAGUUGCCGGAUAAAGAGGUAUUGAUUUCUACAUUACUUUUUUUACACCUUACAGAUACACAUUUAUUAAAUGUAGGGCAUAAUUUUAUAUAGAUGGUAUCUAGUUCCUGCUAGAUUAAUCAGGAUCUCUCAGACUAAUCACGCUACUAAUCAUCUGCUAUAAGGGAUUGCUAUGCUUGUCAUACUCUCUUGCUAAAUCACUACUAAGUUCUUGUAAGAGCUUGUUCCUGUCCUAUUCUUUGAAGGAGUCCACGGUGGUUAUGGCGUCAGCUGGAGUGCUUGGAGCCUCCUUCAAAGGAGGUACCCAGUCGGGGUGCCCGUCAAUCCGUUACAAUAUUAAACCCAAGAACAAACUGUAAACAGACAGUGAACUAUAAAUAAUAUAUACCUUUUUUUUUUUUUAAAGAACUACCAUAACAGACUACCUACCGGAUUAAAUUUAGAUCCAUAAGCAUUGGCGUAUUACAUAAUAAAGAAGGAUUGGUGUUGCCACAUACUUGACGUCUAAUUUAAAGGGACAGCUAAAGAUAACAAUUUUCUGUAUUUAUAACAUGAUAAACACUCCAUUUUGUAGUAUGAAUGUAUUUGUUGUAAGAUACAUGUUUGUAUUUAAUGUACUUCUCUUUGUAUGUUUAUUGGAAAACAAAGAAUACUUAAAAAAAUAAAUGUAGGGCAUAAGUAAACCUAAUAUCAAAAAUCCUGGGAAAGUCACAGUCCCCCUUAAAUUCUGGCAAAAUUGAGGCACAAAUUGCGGUGCCAUUCCCACAGCAUGACCAUUUUUAUCCUCUGUUUUGUAUUUAAGUUUUAUUAUUAUUAUUAUUAUUAUUAUUUUAUUAUUUAUAUAGCGCCAACAAAUUCCGUAGCGCUGUACAAUGGGUGGACUAACAGACACAUAAUUGAGAUCAGACCACUGACGUACAGGAACAGAGGGGGUUGAGGACCCUGCUCGAUGAGAUUACAUGCUAGAGGGAGUGGGGUAUAGUGACACAAAGGGUUAAAGUAGGGGAAUUAAAUAGUUUGUUACAGAAGGGUUUAUUGAGUGCUUGGUAGGUCAUUUUUGACAUUUUGAUACAAUGCAGAGUUUAGAGAAUAACCUUCUUCAUGUUUAAUCUAUAUCUUUAAUCUCUCCUGACUUUGUUCUAAAGAAAGUGUACACAUUUUUCCGGCUGGUUUGUACUCCUGAUUAGAUGGAAGCUCUUUGUAGCGUCAUGAGUUCUGAGCUGAUAUUAAUUUGAGGAAGUUUAUUGUAGAUCACAACCACAGAUUUACACAACAUGUUAACUGUUUAUCUUGAUCAAUACUGACCACAUGCAGUGCAUGGAAGAUUCCUAAAGACAGGCACCAAUUGCUACUUCUAUAGCCUUUGUAUUAAGAGUAGGUCACAUAUGUACAUGCCAGGAUGUCCCAUGUUAAGACCCUUCUAUCUGGAUACAUAUCAGACUUUCCUGCCCUCUGGGAAUUUCUGUCUUGGACCUCCAAAUGCUUCAGCCACCUCCACCUUAUUGGAAUCUCAUGGAGGAUUUAUCAAACACUGACCCCAAUAAAUGUCAUAUAUGUGAAAUGUAUGUAUAUCUUUUAAACAGGGUUUGAAAGCAAACUUUGAUUUGCAGCCUCUUUUAAUAGUAAUGUAAUACAAUAAAUGACAUCAGAGGUAUGAUUUCCUACUUUCUAAACCAGAACAAAUGAAAUACUUCCUAUUCCUUAUGCAUUCACUCUCUCCCCAUUUUGUAUCUGCCAUUUGGUUUUUUUUUUCUUUCGAGAAUCGGAAGCAGAUGAGAAAUCUAAUAGAAUGCAGUCAGCAAUCGGAUUUCACAUCUCACCACAAGGUUUAAAGUUCACAUACAAUAGCAAUAUGGAGUCCUGAAGGAAGUUGUUCCCAGCCUCCAGAGCUUGCUGUGUUUUAUAAGUCUUAGCAUUGCAAUUCUUUGAAACAUCUGGCAGUUGUGUACAUGGGCCACUAUAGAUUAAUAAUGUUCUUUCAUCUGUACAGUGUGCUGCCUUCAAGGCAGACUGGCUUGAGAAAAGUCAACAUCUACAAAAAAAAAUAAAAAGCUUAUUUAGAGGAAAGUCUCAUCUUAUUGCAUUAAAUCCCUUCUCUCUUAAUCUGAAGGUGGUGGUGGUGGGGGGGGGGGGUGGUUACAUCUGGUGUCAUUCACUUCUAGGAGAGGAGACAAACAACAAAAGACCCUGUUACAUGCAAUAGACUCCCAUUUUAGUUUUUUUAAUCUUUUGUAGUCUUUGCAUGUCUCAAAUAUUCUUGUACAAUAGCAGACAUUUUGUGUGAGCACAUGGCUACCAGGUGUACCUCCUCUUGGCUAUCAAACUGUCCAUUUCACAAACUGAAUGAAAGUUUCUAGUUGUCCUGAUCUUAUUUUAAAGGGACACUGUAGGCACCCAGACUACAUUAGCUCAUUGAAGUGGUCUAGGUUGCAUGUCCCUGUCCCCCUUUUAGAGCCACUAGAUGCACUUCCUGGUGGCCAUGCAACUUUUGGUCGCCUAGCUGACUGACGAUAGACAUCCUCACGCUCUGCGUGAUGACAUGCAGCUUCAGAGUGAUCUCCAUAGGAAAGCAUUUAAGCAAUAUACUUUCUUAUGUGCAGGGCCCAAUGUGCCAAGGGAAAUCCGUGAUGGAUUCGGGUGAGUAAACAAAGUAGAAGUAGUUGUCUUGUUUAUUUUUCUUGUUUUUUGUUUUUUUGUUUUUUUUUAAACCCUUCUAAUACCAGAGGGAGGUGGCAGAGGGAAUUAUAGUUUAAGAAAUACAAGUUUUAUUCCUUACACUAUAGAAUCCCUUUAAUUUAUGAUUUUAGUAUUGUCCAUUCAAUCCGUUAUUCAAGACUGUCUGGUAAAAGGAAUCCUUAUUACAGUGGUAGUUUCCAAAAUAACCACCUUUUUAUUUCUUCUUUUAUAGCUGAGGAAGAGUUCUUGGGUAGCCACUGGAAUGGAAAACAAAGGAGGACUCCCCUGCAGGCUCUGUAUGACAGCAACCAGGUUAGGACAGUGAAUCCUUUUAUUUAAAACUAUUACAUCUUAAUGGAAAUGCUGUCUCUUACUUCCUAAUGUGUAAAACCUUGCUAAUUCUAUAAAUAGGCUGAGAACACCCCUCUCUAAUGGCUGCUACUGGUGACUAACCUAUAUAUCUAUGACCGUAGCACAGAAUAGCAUAUGUCAUCCCUUUUAGUCUUGACUCCAGUUAUUGUUGGUUGGUGGUUAAGGUGUGUCUGUGGAGAACGUUUUUUGGCUUUCUUGAUAAAAGCAAAGCCAAACUCUGCUAGUACCGGGCCUUAAAUGUUACUCCACCACUGCAAGCCAUAAGAUAUGCACCAAGGGUAAAUUUCUGUUUACCAAUGCUCAAUUUUCAAUGACCAGUGGCUAGUUUCAUGCCUGUUUAUAAUAAAUAUAAUUACAUUUUUUUUGGUACAUAUUAUACACAUUUUUGUUUUUCAUAGUAUUAUAUAGAUAAUUAAGUUUUUGGUAUUUUUCUAUCCCACCAGCUGGAACUUUCUUCAGUCCAGGCAAAACACCAAGAGCGCCGGGAGCUGCUGGCCAGCACUUGCAAGACCUACACUAGGAAACGCCGGGUCUUGACAUCUGAUGACCUCAAGCACUUGCUUGUAGAUGACACCCAUGGCUUGUUGUACUGUUAUGUCCCCAAAGUGGCUUGUACCAACUGGAAAAGGGUCAUGAUGAUUCUUACCGGUCAAAGCAAAUACAAGGAUCCGGCACAGAUCCCAGCAAAUGAGGCUCACAUUUCCACUAACCUUCGCUCCCUUUCUGAGUUUACCACAUCGGAAAUAAACUAUCGUCUCCGGAACUACCUCAAGUUCAUUUUUGUAAGGGAGCCCUUUGAGAGGCUUGUGUCCGCCUACAGGAACAAGUUUACUCGUACCUAUAACACUGCCUUUCACAAACGUUACGGGACAAAGAUUGUAGAGCGACACCGCAGGAACCCCUCUCUGGAAGCGUUGGAGAGGGGCGACGAUGUCACCUUUGAAGAGUUUGUUUACUAUCUAGUGGACCCCAUGACUCAGAAAGAGGAGCCAUUUAAUGAGCACUGGGAGAGGGUACAUUCUCUGUGUCAUCCCUGCAUUGUUCACUAUGAUGUGGUAGGGAAGUAUGAGACUCUAGAAGAAGAUGCACAAUAUGUGCUGCAGCUCAUUGGUGUUGGAGAUUCCAUUAAAUUUCCAUCGUCCAAAUCUCCACGGACCACAGGUGGCAUGGCUGCUGAGUUUUUCAAAGGCGUGAAUCGCUUUUAUCAAAGGCGGCUCUUUAACUUGUACAAGAUGGACUUCCUGCUCUUUAAUUACAGUAUUCCAAAUUACCUGCAGAUACGCUGAACCCUAUUUUGUGUGUGUAGGGCCCGGUGCCUUUAUUAACACUUUCAUAAUUCACAUGGGCUGGAAAGUGGAGUCUCUCCAACAUUCUUAUACCGUAUGCUGUUAUUUAUUGUUGAGCACACUUUCCCCACCCCUUACUGUGAACAUGACUUCUAGUUUCUACACAUUGCCUAUGAAAUCAGAUUUAAAAAAAAAACAAAAAAACACAUACUUUAGCACCCUAUAACACUGGGGACUGGGAAAAUGAAUCCACAGCGAGAAAAGCCACCAUUGCUUGUUUGUUUUAUAAAUGUUAUAACCCUUUUUUACCAAUGGUAGAGUUAAAUGUAAUGUCAUCCACAUAUAUAUAAGUACUUUUUUCACUCUUCUUCCUGUUGGUAAGUUACUAACAAAUAUAUGCACAGGUUGUAACAAGUGUUAUUCAGGUUAAAGAUGGUGAAUGGGUUUAUAAUUUUAUGUAAUAACACCGUAAACUCAAAUAAGCCACAUAAAGGUUUUUUUUUUGUUGUUUUUUUUAUGUUUAACACUUGUUACAAGCUUGUCUAUUCCAACAAACAAACUGGAAACCGAACAUCUACAGAAAUAACAAAUGGUAUCAAAGCAUUUAGAUUUAAAGGAAAAUUAUGCAGAUUAAGAAUCUAUAAAAUGAUCUGACGUUUUGCCUUUUUUUCCCAAGCUUUAGAUUUGUGCAGAUAUGUCUCCAAUUUAUUACUGAAAACAAAUGGAUCACUGAAAUUGGUAGAGCAGUACUAUUAAUGUGACCAGCUUCUUCUUGUGUUAAUCUAUGUGGAUACUUGCGAACUGUGGAUAACUUUGCAGAAUCUUCACUGGUUGAAGCCUGUAAAUAAAGGGCGUGAGUACAGAUCACUACUGGAUAGCAGGUCUGCACCCACAGCUUUUUCAGUUCACUUGAGGUUUCUAAGAAUUCUAAUUCUUUUGCAAUUAAACAUUGUGCGUUGAAUUUACCUUAUUAUUAUUUAUAAAGCGCCAACAAAUUGUGCAGCACUGUACAAUAGGUGGACAAACAAAAGAAGUGUGUGCAACAAGACGACUUGGACGCACAGGAGGCCUCUGCUCAAAAAAGCUUACAUUCUAGUGCUCAUGGGGAAAGUGAAUGCAACUGUGUCACAAUAGGCAUUUGCACAAGAGUUAACAUCCAUACAGUGGUAACAGAAUAUCGGUUCUUCCACUAACAGUGAUUGGAUAAAUUGCUAUUCACUUAAGAUUUAUGCUUAUCUUAGAAUCUAGUCCUUUUGUGUGUUGUAAGUAGCUUUGUUUAUUUACCCAGUGCCCCAGGAGAGGUUUCAUAAAAUGCUUAUCCAGACACCUGGCUGAGAAUCUUGGGGGAAAAGUCAAUUAGUGCAGUUCCAGAGGUAAGACGUCAGUGUCACAGCAAACUGGCCUUAGACAUGGAACUUCCUGCACGUCCAUAAACUGCUUGAUGUGAGCUACUGGCAUACAAUAACCUCUAUUAAACAAAGCCUUCCUUUGUGUGACAUUUAACAUUUGGAACUUAAAGUAAUAGUCAGAGGAAAAAAAUAUGUUCCUUUUGGAACACUUAAAGGAAAACUUUUAAUUUAUUAUUACUGAAAAUAACAAACACCUACAUUUAAAAUUGCAUCUGUGUGCAUUAUGAAUUAAUCCAUGACCAAUAGCUUUUAGUGUGUCUCCUGUCUCUGCCUUGCUGGGGUGGGUGGGGACAGCUGUAUUUCCUUUGGUCAUAGGCAUUACUCAUAUGCUAAGACUAUGCACAAUGUGAAGAUCUGACACUAUCCUAGAUUGCAUAGUUUUUAUAUUGAAAGUACACUGAAAUAAGCCAAUAAAUGGUACACAGAUAUAAGGGAGUAACCCCAAGUGUAAUAUGUAUUUAGAGUGAAAAGUAGUGUACCAAAUGGGGAAACUGGGA